UUCUCUUACUGGUGACAAUGCUAUGUUUAUCCUCUGCUUUUGUAGUAACUCUCUUUCAUCCAGGUCUUUUUCUAUCAUCAUAACUUCCAGGUUCCUCUAGUCUCUUCAGAGUGUAGUGGACUCCUUUAUUAAACACCUUUAGGUGUUUUGCAAUUUCUCUUUCUGUGUAUCCUUCUUUCCUCAAUGUACAAAUCUGUACUUUCGUUUCUUUACUCAGUUGCUUCUUUCUAGUCAUUUUUGCAGUAGUUUGAACCCAGUUGAGAUUUAUUAGGAUUUUUGUAUGCAGACUCUCAAAAGUUAAAAAGUUAAAGUGAAUAAUCCAACUGUGAUUUGUUUUUUUGCUUUUGCACUGAAGUUGUGACUCUUUCAAAUGUUUUCAACCCUAAAACUAAGCCCUUAUUAUCUUUUGCUGACAUAUAUUGGUCUGUUAACAUCAAUGUAUAUCUAAAGGUAAAUGGAGUAAAAUGGUGCAUUUCCAUGAAAGCAACAUCUGAUCGUGGAGUAAAUACAUCCCAAAAUACAUAAAACUCAUGCUGGAUUUAAAAAAAAGCAUUGUGAACAAAAACUUGAAGUUACUCCCAACUGUUCAGCCUGUAAUGGCCUUGCUUCCAAACUUUUGUCCUGUGGUGUAAAUCCUUAUAAUAAAAUAAUAAUUCUCAAUUCAACUCAACUUCAUUUAUAGAGCACUUUACAUACAACCAAAGUUGACACUAAGUGCUGUACAUAAUAGCAUAAAAACCUAAAACAACAAUAGUCGUUUUAAAAUAUAAUAAAAUACAAUAAAACAAAUUAUGUCUCAUACCGGGCCAACAGCCAAGGAAUUAAAGUGGAUUUUUAGACAGGUUUUAUAAAAAAUAAUAAAUCAUAACCUUUGUUUGGUAGAGUGGGCCUCUAUUGGCUGAUAUAUUUGAUUUAUUCGCGAAUAUUAGAGGAUAUGGGAUUGUAAAAUUUUAAAUAAAUUUUUAAAAAACAAUCUUUUAAACUUACUUUUAACGUGCACGGUGAACUCACAGUGGUCGCUUUCUAGUUUCAGUGUUGUGUUGGAAAAGCAGAAAUUAUCAUGAUUAUUUUAGUGUUCCCCUUUCUUUUUAUAUUUUUUCUUAAGCACUUUUUAAGAUGUUAACAAUUUUGUUCAAUUUUAUUCCACUUUUAACCUCCUUGUCUGUUUUUUGAUAUAUUUAAGAAAAUGUAUGUCAAACUUUAAUAAUAAUAAUUCAUUUUAUUUGUAUAGCGCUUUUCAUGACACUCAAAGACACUUUACAUAAAGUACACAAUUUGAAUAUAGCAAUAAAAAAGAAAUAAAUAAGUAAAAUAGUCACAUGUUAAAAGAAAUUUUAAAAAGGUGGGUUUUCAGAAGGGAUUUGAAGGAGGGCAAGUCAGUGCAGGAUCUGAUAUGGACGGGCAGAGAGUUCCAGAGGGAGCGGCAAUGGAAAAGGCCCAGUCCCCCCAGGUUCGAUGAGUCGUUCGGAGGGGUGGGGACAGGAGGUUGGUGUCGGAGGAGCGGAGGUUGCGCUUUGUUUGCGCCUUGCGUUUACAUCUGAACGUUUUUCUGGGAAAAAAAAAAUCCAAAUUAUAAAGAAAAGCAAUGGCUUUGUUGUAAUUUCUUAUUUAUUCUUAUUAUUCCUGUUUCUAUUCUCCUUCUACAAACAUUUUAAUUUUUAAGAGCAGGUGUAUCAUUGUAUAGGUAUAAAUUAAGUAUUCCGAUUCUGGUGAAAAAGUUAGCAAUUAAUUGAAUGAUGUUCAUUAUGUCUUCAUUUUUUUCUAAAAAGCUAACAAACUAGAAAUAUAUAUAAUGAAUUGACAGGAGUUGUCACUUUGAAAUAUUAAUUUAAUAAAAAUUCGUUUAAAUCGUCAAUAAGUUAUCAAAAAUAUAUAAAAUGUGUUUUCAAUUACCAGCCCAAUUAAUUUUAAAAACGCCUGCGCUUCAUUACCGGCAGAGCUCCGCCUAUUACUCUUUCCGGCUCCGGGAUUGGUGGGAUAAAAUGUGUACCGCUAGGUAAAUGGACUAUAGAGCUGUCAGUCAUAAAGAGGCGGGCUCUGCCGCUGGAGUUAAUAUAUUCCAGGCAGUUGAAAGAAGUGGGGGACGUGAAGAGAAAAAAGGGAACCGGCGACGGCGGUUCACUAACUCGGGUGAAAUAUCACCUCCCCGAGGAGAGGAAGAGGAGCUCACACCGCUGGAAAUGAAGAUGGAGGAAGAAAACACGGAGCAGAUGAGACCUCUCCUCACAUCUGUAAGUUAUCAAUCUCUUCUGAAGUGAACCUGUUAGCCGGCGGAGGCUAGCGGCUCCUCCGCGGGAGUGAAUUAGCUCCGAAACAGACAGACUGUGGAGGAUCCGGAGCGGGUCUGUAAAGAUGGUGUCCGCCGUCAGAAACAGCUCUGUGGAAAAACAGAGAUUAAAACGGAAAACUUUCUAAACCGGUUUGAAUAAAGGACUGGCAACCUACUGCUUUUGUUGUUAAGGGACCACGCUUACGCCAGGAAGUGAACGAUGCAUGCGGGUCUAUGAAGAAUUCAGCAUGACGGUACUCCAUUAGAAAACUUGAUGAUUCAUCUUUAUGAGGCUCCUGCUGUAAUUUUCAAACUUUUGGAUUAAUAUGGAAAGAUAAAAUAGAUUCUUUCUCUUUUACCUCUGCAAUCGGCAUUCAUUACAUCCAAUCUCGAGAGUUCUGUCGUGUUAUUUUAGCUUUAUUUGUUUGCAUUGCUGUCAUUGUCUUUCGCCGAACCACACUCCUUUACAACGUAGCGUUGAAUAGUUUUGACAUUUUUCAGAGUGAGCCCAGGCUUCUCCAUUUGACAUAAUUGCUGUUCACUAGUGCCGAACCGAAGAUCUGUGCAUAGUUUAACAUAAUAUACAGCAUAUAUUGUUUUAGGAUUUACACAUUAUUUCUGAUAAGUUCAUUUACAGCAAACUGUUAAGUUUUCUAAUGUAGUCUGGUUAUAGUAGAACACUUGAAGUUGUUUCUAUCCUAAAAGUGGUUUGAAUGAGGUUAUAAGGCUGACCUGAGCAUCAGAGACCAUAGUGUCAACUUUUUGACGUGUCUCCGAGGAAAGCAAUAAAUCAGAAUUUCAAGAGUCCCCCAAAGCUGCUGUUAGAGCACGUGCAGAUGAGUGUGUGUUGUAGGAGGAAGUGAUUCACAGCACUCAUGGACGGCACUAUGGUGAAGUCAGAGAGGAGAAGAUGGACUGGAGGACUGCUCCAUUAAUUGGAUUUCCAGUUUGAGUGGCAUUUAGCAGAGCAACUGUUGAAAUGAUGCUGACUGAACCGGUUAUAAGAUUAAGGUUCACUUCAGCUGACGCCUCAGAGAAAGAGUAGAAAAACUUCAGAUACAACCAAUGUGUCCAAAUAAAGUUCAGACAGAACUUCUGUAAAAUGUUCUCACUCAGGGGUUAGGGGCUUUUACACCUGAAGAGAAAUGGGCUUUUGGCAGCAGAAGAUGUUUCUGAGCGUCAGAGUUUAAUUUCUGCUGCCUGUCUUUAAAAAUCUGCAGCCACAGUAUUUGACUAUUUGAUUUACUCUGUGAAGUCUGAAUAGUAUGUAUAUGACAGAUUGACUGACAAAUAUAUAUAUAAAUAUAUAUAUAUAUAUAUAUAUAUAUAUAUACACAUGUGUGUGUAUAUAUAUAUAUAUAUAUACACUCACCGGCCACUUUAUUAAGUACACCUGUCCAACUGCUCGUUAACACUUAAUUUCUAAUCAGCCAAUCACAUGGCGGCAACUUAGCGCAUUUAGGCAUGUAGACAUGGUCAAGACAAUCUCCUGCAGUUCAAACCGAGCAUCAGUAUGGGGAAGAAAGGUGAUUUGAGUGACUUUGAACGUGGCAUGGUUGUUGGUGCCAGAAGGGCUGGUCUGAGUAUUUCAGAAACUGCUGAUCUACUGGGAUUUUCACGCACAACCAUCUCUAGGGUUUACAGAGAAUGGUCCGAAAAAGAAAAAAUAUCCAGUGAGCGGCAGUUCUGUGGGCGGAAAUGCCUUGUUGAUGCCAGAGGUCAGAGGAGAAUGGCCAGACUGGUUCGAGCUGAUAGAAAGGCAACAGUGACUCAAAUAACCACCCGUUACAACUAAGGUAGGCAGAAGAGCAUCUCUGAACGCACAGUACGUCGAACUUUGAGGCAGAUGGGCUACAGCAGCAGAAGACCACACCGGGUGCCACUCCUUUCAGCUAAGAACAGGAAACUGAGGCUACAAUUUGCACAAGCUCAUCGAAAUUGGACAAUAGAAGAUUGGAAAAACGUUGCCUGGUCUGAUGAGUCUCGAUUUCUGCUGCGACAUUCGGAUGGUAGGGUCAGAAUUUGGCGUCAACAACAUGAAAGCAUGGAUCCAUCCUGCCUUGUAUCAACGGUUCAGGCUGGUGGUGGUGGUGUCAUGGUGUGGGGAAUAUUUUCUUGGCACUCUUUGGGCCCCUUGGUACCAAUCGAGCAUCGUUGCAACGCCAAAGCCUACCUGAGUACUGUUGCUGACCAUGUCCAUCCCUUUAUGACCACAAUGUACCCAACUUCUGAUGGCUACUUUCAGCAGGAUAAUGCGCCAUUUCAUAAAGCUGGAAUCAUCUCAGACUGGUUUCUUGAACAUGACAAUGAGUUCACUGUACUCAAAUGGCCUCCACAGUCACCAGAUCUCAAUCCAAUAGAGCAUCUUUGGGAUGUGGUGGAACGGGAGAUUCGCAUCAUGGAUGUGCAGCCGACAAAUCUGCGGCAACUGUAUGAUGCCAUCAUGUCAAUAUGAACCAAGCUCUCUGAGGAAUGCUUCCAGCACCUUGUUGAAUCUAUGCCACGAAUAAUUGAGGCAGUUCUGAAGGCAAAAGGGGGUCCAACCCGUUACUAGCAUGGUGUAUCUAAUAAAGUGGCCGGUGAGUGUAUAUAUAUAUAUAUAUAUAUAUACACACAUGUGUAUAUAUAUAUAUAUAUAUAUAUAUAUAUAUAUAUAUAUACACAUGUGUGUGUAUAUAUAUAUAUAUAUAUAUAUAUAUUUACACAUGUGUGUAUAUAUAUAUAUACACAUGUGUGUAUAUAUAUAUAUAUAUAUAUAUAUAUAUAUAUAUAUAUAUAUAUAUAUAUAUAUAUAUUGUUGUGUAAAAAUAGUUUAAAGAUAUAUAAAACACACCUGAUAGGUCUCAUUAGGUGAAGAUGCUCAUUGUGGAUCAUCAUUCAGUGAUGUUUAGACCGAUUAUAAUUAUAUUUUCUAAUUCAUAAAAAUAAUAAUAGUUGUCACUCUGCUUUUAUUUAUGCCAUCAGGAGGUGAGAUAUUUACACUCCUGUACAGUACAGUGGUGGGGUGAGGCUGCUGUAAGAGUGAGGAACAGAGCUCGUAAUAGAGGAAACCUGUGACGUGUGUGUGUGUGUGUUUCGCUCCUGCUGUGUGUUCACACCCUGUUCAUCCUGUGCUUCUGCAAUGCUGCAGUGCAGUGAGCAGAUUUCAGUGUACAAAGUUAUCAGGACUCUGAGACUUUGUCAUGUGGCGUGUUGCUGUUUGUUUAUGGUCACAUGAUAAUUUACCUGAAACCAGCUGACUCUCUGAAAAGACUGAAAAUUAUGAGACCACCAUGUCAGUAUCUGAAACUUGUGUAAGGGGGUCGUUGUCUGACAAACAGCUGCAGAGAGAGACCUCUUUUACCAAGUCCACCAGUAUGAGACCGUUCCCCCCGAUCUGACUCCGUAGAAGUGUCUGAAGCAGGAUGGAUGGAUAUGACUACAUAUUGUGAAUGGUGUUGAAUACAAGGGCUUGUCUGACAGUCAGUGCGUUUACAUGCACAGUCUAAUCGGACUAAGCUCAUAAUUCGUUUUUUUCUCCGAAUCGGACUUCUCUCCUUGUCCGCGUAUACAUGCAGCUGAGAAAAUCGAAUUAUUGACGUGAACGUGUCCUCCUCCCCAAAACUAGGGGGCGAUAUGGGUCUUUUCAGCUGCGCUGUUUCCGACCCCAUACAACCGUCAACAACAACAGCAGCUCCGACGUCAGAAGUGUCUACAACUGCUGCUGGGAAUUUUGGAGCAAGAAGAUGGAGCAUCGUACAGCGUUGUUUUUGUCCUACAUGAUGGACGCGCUACUUUUUCUGUAGAUGAGACGCACGCUACUCCUCUUCUCUGGUGUUUUUGUUCCAGGGUUACGGGGGCGUGGCCCACAUGCAUUGUCCAUGCAUUGUCCAAUGCACCGACUACGCUGGUUACAUGGUAGAGAAAAUUGAAUUCCAAUCGCAUUAUCUGGGUGUCUUAAUCGGAGUUCUCCGACUCCAAUUGGAGUUCUCAAACUCUGAUAGUAGUCGGACUAAGGUAUUUACAUGCACUUCAGUUGUCCGGUCUUAAUCGGAAUAAGGCGAUAAUUUGGUUUUCUCGAGUGUCAUGGAAACAUUCUGAGUGACUCUGAACGCUGCUCCCUGUCUGAUUUCGCUCCUCUUUUCUGGAUCCUCUCUCCUCAGGGCAGCAUGAAGGGCUUCAGGAUGGUCUGUUCGCUCCUUACCAGUGAGUCUUAGGAGUGUUCAGUGUUGCACACAGCUGUAAUUAUCGGCUCUGAGAUCAUGAUGAAGAAGCAGGAUUUGUCGGCACAUGCAUUUAUCAGCCUUUUAUUCGGAUACAGACCCGUGUUGAUUGUUGUUUACUCUGGGUUUAGUCAGCUUGGUCGUGUUUCUUAUCGCUACAGCCUCUUUCUCCUCAUGCUCACUCCAUCCCUCUGCUUAGCUAACACACAUGCCGCUCGUGCUGCUCUCUCCCAGUGCUGCACAGCUGAGGCAUGAUGGGUUUUACUGCUGCAGCACGGCCUUACCAGAUGAUUUAAAGCUCGGCUGACAUGAAACAGUCUGAGAGAUAAAUCAGUAAAAGUAGAGCAGGGUUUCCCAGACAGCUCUGACACGUUCAACUCUGCAGGUUUGAGUUUGUGCAGCCUCUGUCUCUGUGUUUGUUGCUGUUGUUGCUGGUCUGCAGCCUGUCUUUUACACUAGCAGAUGUGUGUGUGUGUGUGUGUGUGAGCAGCCAGGAUUCCUGUGUAACACCGCUCACAUUUAAUCUGACGCUGCCUUCCUGUCUGUAGACGCUCCAUGGAAACUGAGGUGAAGCUUUUCACCCGUGCUCGGCUGUGAACAAUGUGACCGUGUGAAGCGGCGCGGCAGCUCACAGGCAGCAGGUUAUUGUUCGGUGUGGAUGGAGGCGGAAAUGUCCGCUCUGUGAAGGUUUCAGCUCGACAAUAAAACAACAUUUAUGAGAUCCUUUGAUGCCGAGCAGCAGUGGGAGGUCAAACAUGGCUGCUGCAGGUGAUCUACGACGUGGUCACGGUUUUUUAUCAACGCUGACACAUCAGAUAGAUAUUAAAUAUUCUAAACAUAAGAAAGACUAACGGUGAAAGUAAAUGUCUCUUCAUCACACCAACGCACAGCAGAACGAGCUACAAGACGCUCGUUAUUUUAGCUGAAACAAACAGUCGAUUAGUUUAGUGUCCAGUCUGCAUGAUGACCAGUCUGUAUGGAGAGCAAAAACAUGCAGAACAACACAGUCCACCACGAUGAUCUGACAGAGCUUGACUCUUGAUCCUUGACUAAUCGGCAUCAUUAGUGCUGGACGAUAAUUCGAUAACAAUAUAUAUCGAUCGAUAGACGUGUGGUGCGAUAGAAAAAAAACGGGUCGAUAAAAAGUUCGAUAGAAAACAGUUUCCCUUUCUUUUUCAUCAUAGCCUAUCAUGUAGCUUUUACUACAGUCAUUACUUCCUCCCAACCAAUCACAAACGCAGACCCAGGUACGCUACGGCACCAAGCCCAGCCCCUAUCAAACCACAACAGACAGCACGUGUAUUAGAAAAAAUGAUACAGCAAGGAGAAGCAGAGGACAUUGUCCCGAAAAAAGGUUUCAGUAGUUCACCAGCAUGGCAAUGUUUUGGUUUUUAGAAGUCUGACAAAAAGCGACCAGCGGUCGUUUGCAAAAUUUGCAGAGAAUUAGUAAAAACGAAGUCUGGUAACACAACCAACUUGUUUUACCAUCUAAACCGAUCGCACCCGCAGGAGUACGAGCUGUGUCGGCCGCGCCGCGGCUCCACGUCAUCGUCGGAGGAAUCCUCUGGAACCGCUGCCAGCACCAGCACAAAGCAUGUGAAGCAGACCAUACUGGACUUUGUUUCUUGCCAAAAUACGACAAAGCGUCCGAGCGGCAUAAGGACAUCACCCAUGCAGUAACAUGCUCCAUAGCGAGGGACAUACUGCCAAUAACUACCGUUGAAAAGCCUGGCUUCGACCAGCUUCUAGCCACUCUCGACCCGCGAUAUGAAGUGCCCGGCCGCAAGUAUUUCUCAAACACAGCGCUUCAGGCAUGAAAAUGGGUCAGGGGUUGAAAAGGUGAGAAGGGUGCGGAGGAAAUACGUUCCCGUCCACUCAUUAGCUUCUUAAAGUGGAAGAAAAUGAGCUCAUAUUUUACAAAGACGCGAGUAUUUGGAUCAUGGCUACUAGCAGGGGGUGCAUUCGGCAGGGGUGCAUUCUACGACACAACACCGGCGUGGAUAAGUCCUGCUUCUCGUGCUUAGUUUGUGAAUUAAGUCAAUCACAUGAUAAUUAAAAAAAAUAAAUCUCCCGACCCCGGGAGAAAUAUUUCAGUGUUCAGACACCAGGCUGUGGGCAGUUUCCCACACAGUUAAAACUGGUAGUAUGCUAUUCCCACCUAAAGCUAUUCUGUUUAUAUAUAUAUUUGUUUGUUUUGUUUAUUUUCAUCAAAACACUAUUUAAAUAUUUAUUUAUCAGAUUUUCUGGUCACUUUAGUCUUUAUGUUUGUCAGUAUUUACUGACGUCACUCAGGCCACUUAAGUUGAUUCCUUUUUUUUUUUAGUUCUUUUUUAAAAAACUUUCAGUUGUGGUAAAAUAAAAAAGGUGGUUAAAUAAAGGUUUGAAUUUGAAUUCAGUGCUUGUGUGUUCUUUAUUAAAAGUAGGUCAUUAAGCAAUAGCAUAAAACAUCCAGGGCUGCAAUUAAAAUAUAUGUUAAAUAAUUAUAAUAAUUAUAUCGAUAAUUAUCGAUAUCGAUCAAUAUGAUUUAUUUUUUAUCGAUAUGCUUUUUUUCUAUAUCGUCCAGGCCUAGGCAUCAUGAUGUUAAUGAACGUUAACGGUCCCUGAAAAAAAAACAAAAUGGGAAGUUAUUUCAGCAGACUUCAGAAGGCGUCUUUGGUCUUCGUCAGGUGGGAAUGAAGCCUCUGUGUAACUGAGCCUUGAUGAAUAGAAGCAUUUUUUCUAGGGAUGGGUCCGAAUAUUCGGCGCCGAAAAUAUUCGGCCGAAAAGCAUCAAAAAUGAAUUUUCGGUUUUCGGCCGAAUAGAUGUUAUGGCCGAAAAAAAAUCACCGAAUAGUGUGGAUAAACAUGGGUCUAGUAUGAACUCUCAAAAACGGAAAACGCAGACGGCGCUGUUUUCCCUGUUUUAGUAGCAUGUUGAUGACGUAAUCGGAACGCGACAAGAGGCAAGCCGGUGUUGUGCCGUAGAAAGCACCCCCGCCGUAGAAUGCACCCCCUGCCUCCCAUCCACUCGUUAGCUUCUUAAAGUGGAAGAAAAUGAUCUCAUAUUUAAAAAAAAAACACGACUAUUUGAUCGUUACAACUUUCGUUCUGAUUUUAUCUGUCUCAAAAAUGCACGUACGGAGGUGUGCUUGGGUAUAUAAACUGUACAGUAAACUGUCAAGCCGGCAUACAUUAUAUUUUCGUGACAGCAAAUAUUCUCAAUCAGAGGGCUAUUUUUUUGGCUUAUCUGAAUAGCCUGAGUGAAAUUAUUAAAGGCACACGCUUUUGAAUUCAUCCAAUGGUAAGGAAAACUUGGAUUAUUUGGAUUAUUUUCGCCUUGUUAAGUACUUUCAACCGCGCUCCCGUCGGGGGUGCAUUCUACAGCAGGGGGUGCAUUCUACGGCACAACACCUGCAUGCUGAUACGACGCACACGAUACGUGCAGCUGUCUUAGCUCGAAGCCGUUCAACCGGCAUGUCUGCGGUUUGGAAAUACUUCGACAUAUCAGAGAAAGAUGGUCUGAUGGCAAUUUGUAAACUGUGCUCUGCUGAAGUGUCUCGAGGUGGUGUGACGGCAAAAACUUUCAGUACAUCGGGGCUAAUCAACCACUUGAGCGCUAAACAUAAGGACAAACAUGACGAGUUUAAGAAACUCACUGCACAAAAGUUUGCACAAUCGUAUGUGCAUGCAUGUAAGUGCAUUUAUUGUUGAAGGCCUCAGGCCUGGAUUUGUGUUUACUGUUGCACAAUCAUGUAUAUCAGGGGUGUCAAAGUCAAAUGGACGGAGGGCCAAAUAAAAAAUUUAGCUACAAGCCGAGGGCCGGACUGAUCGAAUGUUCAUUGAAAAUUUUUUAAAUGACGCAUAUAGUCUAGUGAACCUAAUUGAACCUACUGAAAACCUAACAAAUAUAUUCCAAUAUGAUCAGAUAAAUAAAGCAAUAUUUUCUUAUGGCUCUGUCAGUAAUCUUUAAUUUUCAACAGACACAAAAGACAAAUUUCCUUUAUAUAAAAAUCCCCAUAACAUGAACAUUAAAUGAAAGAAACCGGUAUAAUUCAUUUGUUUUUGCUUUGUUUUUGUCCGCGUGUUUCGUUUCAUAAUGUCGUCUCAGAUUAUACUCUUUCAGUACCGCCACACUUUCUCCACACAGAAGACACACAGGUCCGUGAACAUAUACUCCGACUCCCACCUUGUUUGAAACCCCCGGUUCUCGGUGUCCAUCUUCCGUUUUGCCAUUUUUGAUGGGUAUCUGAAAGUUAAUUUUACUGUUAUGCUGACGACUGCUGUGCUAAUAAAUAUUGAAAUGAAGCAGCCUACUGCUCGGUGCGUCACCGUUGCAUUGUGGGAAAUGUAGUAUUGGUGCGUGUAAAAGAUCUGCGGGCUGCCGGCUUGCUGCGGUCUGCGGGCCGGUUCUAAUAAUAAAUCAAGAUCAUCCCAGGGGCCGUAAAAAACCUUCUCGCGGGCCGGAUGUGGCCCGCGGGCCUUGACUCUGACAUAUGUGAUGUAUAUGCAUGCACGUACCUGCAUUUAUUUUAUUUAUUUUGCGUAUGUGCAUUUAAUUUUAUUUAUUUUAUUUACUUUAGGCUAUCCUACAGGGAAAAUUGCACUUUUUUUGUAUUGUAAUUGCAAAGAUGUUAUUUACUUAAUUUUAUUUUAUUGAAUGUUGUUGUUAUAGCAUUGUUAUGUCAUGUGCUGAAGCUGAAUAAAUGUUUCUUGGUUCAAACAUAAAGUGAUUAAUAUUUAAGUUUGCCAGGUUUUGCCAUAAUCAGGUAGCUUUAAAACAAAUGUACGGCAAUGACAGCAAUUGUACAAAAAUUGCUUGGUGAUAAAAAAUUCAUAAUUUAUAUACAUAUUUAUUAAUCAUAUUCGGCUAUUCGGUAUUCGGUUAUUCGGCCAAGUGUUUCUUAUAUUUGGUAUUCGGUUUCGGCCAAGAUUUUCCCAUUCGGUCCAUCCCUAAUUUUUUCGCUGAUAUAACCUCACUCCUUCACUCUUGGUCACUGAUUGGACUCUCAACAAUGUGGCGCCUGGAACAGGAAGUCUCGUUUGGUUGUUAUAAGGGCUGGGCGAUAAAACGAUAAAGAUAUGUAUCCAAAAUUAAUUUCCCUCAAUAUCAAUAUAAAACAUGGUCAAUAUGCUUUUCAGUAGUCGGCAUUCUGCCAUGUUUUGGUAGACUAUACAAUUAGCCAAUGUAAAGGGGAGUUGCUCCAGGACCGCUUCACUCUGAACCAAUCAUGUGCUGAAUUAGAACCAAGUAUAAAACAACUGCGUCGUAGGAGACAGCAGCUACACCCAACCAUAGCACUUUAACAGGUGAAGCCAACAGCACUGUUGGUGAGAAACAAAGAAAAUGAGUGCUCCUAUGGAUGUAACGAUAUGAAAAUUUAACUCCACGAUUAUUGUGACCAAAAUGAUCAGAGUUAUAAAUAUUAUCACGGUAUUGUUGAAAUAUGUUCAAAAUGGGGAUGUUCCCAGUGCUUAACUUCACUCAAGUUUAAACGACCAUUUUGAAACCGAAUAUUCGAAUACACAAAAAUUAAUUCACUCCCAGAAAAUAGCCCAAAUUGAGCACAUGUCGAUCUAUAUGGCCAGAUAUAUCACCUGAAAUAAAUAAUAAAAGUACAUGAAAGCUAUGCUUAUAAUAUUAAAAUAUGUUACAGAAUCUUAUUUAAGCACUGGAGAAUGACAUAAAGUACGUGAAACAUCAAAGCAGUUAAGCCCCGCCCCGCUGUGCCCAAGCCAAGCAGCCUGCUGCGUCAUCGGCCUGCCUCACACCAUAAGCACAAAAUGAAGAGUCUUCAGAGUCAGACAACAUCAUGUUCAACAACGUUUAUUUUCUACACUAGACUUAAACUUUGCUCUUUUUUCUCACUGACAUCGCUCUGGCUGAUCGCAUGUGUUGAUUCACUCUGAGGAAGUUAACCCACGAUGCCAUGCAUGCUGCAGGCCAGCGCUGCGAGCCCAGAGCAGCGAGCCAGGCAGAAAGAGUCGCACGCAAAUGAUCCACACAUUUUAGCUUGUUUAAUGCACACUUUUAUUAAGACAGGACGGUAAAAACGUAAUUAAAAAAAAAAGCUUUUUUUUUGCUUUUUUUUCCCCUUUUCUUUUUUUUAUAGAAUAAACGAAUAUUAUUUACUAAACAGAUAGUAAGGACAGCCCAGUUUACACGAAUAUCCAAAUAACCGCGCACAUCCCUAGUUCAGAAUGUUUAAAUAGUACUUAUACAUGCCCUGAAAUCAUUGAACAAAGUUUUAUUUUGAAAAAAACAAUCAAAAUAACACGCAGAAUGAACUUUUCCUUAACCUUAAAUAACAGAGGAACAAUAAGCUUAAAAAAUUGAAGAAGGGGCCUUAACCCUUCCGGAACCUUCGGGCUUUUAACAGCCAAUUUAUGAUAAAACUAGAGACUAAUUUGGAUAUAACUUUUUUUUUUACUGCAGAAAAUUUUUUUUUCUAAGCUUAAUUUGACAUUUUAUUUGAAAACAUGAAUUCAAAAUUUUCACCAGGUCAAUAAUAAAGCCAGGACAGGAAAACUCCCUUUAAAGUCCCUCGUGGCUGUUGAAAGCCACUUGUUUUGUCGGCUGUAAAAUCAUAUUGGAUUAAUAUUUUUUUCUGAUUUUUUUUCACAAAUCUCCUAUUUUACUUCUGCCCUGUUCGAAACUAGCAAAUGUUUCAUUAAAAACAAUUUUUUUAACCCUUUAAGUGCCAAUUUAAGACAAAAAGUCACAAAUUUAGCAAAAAUUGAAGGAAAAUGACCCAUUUUUUUAAUAAAACAUGAUCAGAAACUGGUGAUCUCUUGCAGGGUAUUAAAGUCUUGAAUAUGUCAGAGAUUAGUAAUAUAAUUUACUUAUAUGCAUUUUCAGUUUUUCUGUAGCAUCAGAUUUAAUGAAAAACUGCCUUUGGUGCCUCCCAGUGGCCAAAACUACUUUGUCUGCUGUAAAAUCAUAUUGGAUGAAUAUUUUUUUCAGAUUUCUUUUCAUACAUUUCUUAUUUUACUUCUGCCCUGUUCAAAACUAGCAAAUGUUUCAUUGAAAAUAAAAAUUUUAACCCUUUAAGGGCCAAUUUAAGACAUAAAGUCACUUAAAAUAAGAAAUGUAUGAAAAAAAAUCUGAAAAAAAUAUUCAUCCAAUAUGAUUUUACAGCAGACAAAGUAGCUUUGGCCACUCGGAGGCGCCAAAAGCAGUUUUUCAUUAAAUCUGAUGCUACAGAAAAACUGAAAAUGCAUAUAAGUAAAUUAUAUUACUAAUCUCUGACAUAUUCAAGACUUUAAUAGCCUGCAAGAGAUUACCAGUUUUUGAUCAUGUUUUAUUUAAAAAAUGGGUCAUUUUCCUUCAUUUUCCUUCCAUUUUUUUGCUUUUUAAGUGACUUUAUGUCUUAAAUUGGCCCUUAAAGGGUUAAAUUUUUUAUUUUCAAUGAAACAUUUGCUAGUUUUUAACAGGCCAGAAGUAAAAUAAGAAAUGUAUAAAAAAAAAUCUGAAAAAAAUAUUAAUCCAAUAUGAUUUUACAGCAGAAAUAGUAGUUUUGGCCACUGGGAGGCGCCAAAGGCAGUUUUUCAUUAAAUCUGAUGCUACAGAAAAACAGAAAAUGCAUAUAAGUAAAUUAUAUUACUUAUCUCUGACAUAUUCAAGACUUUAAUACCCUGCAAAAGAUUACCAGUUUCUGAUCAUGUCUUAUAAAAAAAUGGGUCAUUUUCCUUCAAUUUUUGCUAAAUUUGUGACUUUUUGUCUUAAAUUGGCACUUAAAGGGUUAAAAAAAUUGUUUUCAAUGAAACAUUUGCUAGUUUCGAACACGGCAGAAGUAAAAUAAGAAAUUUGGAAAAAAAAUCAGAAAAAACUAUUAAUCCAAUAUGAUUUUACAGCCGACAGAAAAAGUGGCUUUUAACAGCCACGAGGGACUUUAGAGGGAGGAAAAUCUAAGCCAGAGGUCAUCAACACUAGUAAAAACAAAGUACAAAGUAAUUUGCCAGUGGCAUAAACAUUAACAUAAUAACAAAUAAAUCAAAUUUAAAUAAAAUGACAUUCCUUGUUGUGCAAAUUGUAAGACUCUUCAGUGCUCAAAAAGAUCUGCCCUUACAAAUAUAAAAUGGAACAACACGACUUUAUGAAACAAUACAGCCACAUGUAAACAAAUGUGUAGUUCAGGUGUUUAAAAUAAUGUUGUCCGUUUUCUCCACCAUAAGGUGCUGCUGCUGACUUUGUUCACUACUUGAGAUUGAAAUGUAAAAAUGUCAGCAUAUUUACUUUCCUGGUUUGAGUUGUGAUCUGUGAGGAGAAACAAUGUGCCCGCUGGCACUGAAUAGCCUCUCGGGUGACACACUGGUUGCUGGGAUGCACAAAAGCUUCCUGACAACCCUCGCGACCCUUUGUAGAAGCUGAAAUACGCCCAGACUUCGGACUUUGUUUUACUUUGACAGCGGAAAAAACUUCUGCAAAACGGUCGGCAGAACUUCCCGCAGGACUGCCCUCUGCCAUGUUUACGAGUUAUAUACUGCGCAAUGCUCAUGCGCGUGGUACGCCUGUGUCCGAAAGAAUGCUGUGUGCGGCUGCUCCUCUCAGCACUAAGCAGUCUGUGAGCUUCUCCAUAGUGUGGCAAUCAAACACAGUUUUAACGGUUAUUAAAAUUUGAAACAGUAGUACUCACCAUCAGACUUUUUACCGCGGUUUAUCAUUUUGCGGUAAUCGUUACAUCCCUAAGUGCUACCCCCGACAGAAAUGGUGAUGAAGGCUCAACAGAUGAUGACAUCGUCGACAACACUGGCGUUACAAAAAUGUUUGUGGUGUGGAGGUAUUUUGGUUUUUUGAGGUUCGGACAUGAAGCAGAGUAAUGUGGACUGUAAAUUAUGUCGAGUACAUGUUCUCACAAAAUCUGGGAAUACCUCAAAUCUUUUUCACCACCUGAAGCAGCGCCACGCCACAGAGCACGCGCAACGCAAAAGGUUGCAAACCCUGAGAGGAGCAAGGAGCCCAUGGCGCCUGUGCAGCCGAAACAGACGACCAUUCAGUCCGCUUUCUUUAGAGCAACACCUUACGACAAAACGUCAAAGAGACACAAAGACCUAACAGGUGCAGUAGAUUAUUGUAUUGGAAAAGACAUGCAACCAAUAAACACUGUUAAAUUUCAUUUUUUAUAACGUGAUAAAUAUCGAUAUCGACUGAAACUUUUUCCCAUGUUGCCCAGCCCUAGUUGUUGUUAAUGUUAAUGGCUAACUGCUUGACGCUCCAUUAUUGUGGAGUUGAGGCCAUCAUUCUCAGAAUGUCUUUUGCAGCUGUUCCAGGAGUUCAAACAAUCAUGAUCUAAAAUAUUGAAACUGAUAAUUACUUUUUGUGACGGGGGUCUCAGUUUAAAGUUCAGCCUGUGUCGUAACCAGCUGAAGAUCCAGUGCUCUUCUUCAGACCACCGGUGAAAUGUCCUGGAUGUCUGCAUUAACUCAUGGAGCCGUCUGACCCCGCCCUCAGAGCUUGAUUGACAGGUGGUCUCAAAGGUGCAGGAUCUGAAACAAACAGAAAUCCGGACGUCUGCAGCGUUAAAUGACAGUUUGAGUGCGCUCAGCUCGGUGUUGUGGAGUCGUCCAAGGUGCCUGGUGUUGACGUCAGCAGACCCGUCCUCAGGUGGGCUGUUAGAUCAUGUCAGGAUGGAAACCUGUCUGCAGGGAGAAGAGGACUGGAUCUACAGGGUCUGUAUGACUGGACUACAAAGUGUACAGGGUUGGGGUUCAGCUAAAACCACAUCCUUGACGCUAUUGUGCUGAGAAAUCUGGAGGUGGUUUUUAAGCUCGGACUUUCUGAAUCUUUCUAGACUAAGUUGAACCUGGUCCCCCUGCAGCCUCAUAGUUUGAUGGUGAUGUUAUCAGACAUGUUGAUAUUGUGUCGGAGCAGUUUCCUCUCCGUGUGCGUGUGUGUUUGAGCAGCCGGUCUCAUGUGGUCUGCAGGUUCUUUCAGGUAUUUUCAGUAUCAGUAUAUUCAAACAGUUUCUGUGCAGAAUCAGGUUUAAAAAAAGAGUCAAUUUUAGACCACAUCCUCUGCUCCAGGAUCAGGGGUUCAUACAGAGCCAUGUAAAUUUGAGCAGCUGAGAUAAGGAGCUGAGGAGGCCGAGCACAAAGAGCAAAACGGGGAAAUCAGGAGAGCUGACAGAGAGGAAACGAGAAACCAGGGAGAACGGAAAUCUGAGCAGAAAGAAGAGUGUUGUUUUUAUUAUUCAAAAUGAUCUUUAGACAAAUAAAAGGGUUUAGGUUUAAAAAGCUGCAAACUUCAUCUGACCCUGGUCUGGAUGUUCCAUACAACCACACCAGCAGGAGGCGCUGUGUUUAGACUUUUCAUGUGUGGGUGAAAAUAAUCGGUAAAACAAAAAAAGAUUUAAAAAUCUCAAAUGCUCUGUGUCCUUCUCUAUGAUCAGAGAAGAACUUUUUUAAAUACAGGGCUGCUUUUGAACCAGGACCCACUCACAAACACCAUCUCCCAGAAGGCUUUGCUCAGAACAGGUUUUACCUUUCAGCCUGAGAGAAGAAGGUCCAAUCCAAACCCACCCCCUACAAACUCGCCCUUCACUACUGAGUGUAACUCGUAAUGAAGUUACACUCGCAGCUGUGGAGUGCGCCUCAAUUGAAAUGGGAGGGUAUAAACAAGUGGGGCGGGUAUGGGACGCAUUCCUCACUCCACUGGAAAAUGGAAAAAUUCAUCGCCAUAGCAAUACAAAGACGCGUCCUGUGCAUGGCGGCAUUUCUUUUCUUAGUAAAUGGGCAUCAUGUUCAGUUCUGAGCCGCACCGGCUACCUUGUUUUUUCAUCCUCCUAGUAAAAUCUUCAAUCCAGUAACCAUUACAGUGACAGGAGUCGUGACUCUGCACCGGUGAAGACUUGCUAUUUGAGGGCUGAACGGUCCACUCCCCCUCCACACUCUGUGGUUUGGGACGGCCUUCAAUAUGGCCGAGCCUCCACGGGGACGCACAAACGGAGGGCGAGUGUGUAGGUGGCGGUUUGGGAUUGGGCCGAAACAUGAAACAUCUAAACACUCAGAUCUACAUCCUUUUAGACCUGUGUGUGUGUGUGUGUGUGUGUGUGUCUAAGUGUGUGUGUCAGAGGUGGUGUGUUGUGUGUCAUGUGGAUGUAUUUGCCUGCAGCCGUCAUGAUGUAUCCCAUGAUCCUUCACCGCUGUUGUCUGAUACAGAGUACAGAGUCAUGAGUAUUUAUAAAUUAUAUGAAUUAUAAGUAAUACUGAUAAUACUUUUUUUUCCUUCUCUGCUCCCUCCUUUUAUCCUUCCUUCUCUGUUUUAUUCUGUUUUUUUCCUUCCUUCUUUGUUUUUUCUGUUUUCCCCUAAUUUCCUUUUUUUUUAACCAUCUGUUUUCCCUUUUUUCUUACUUUGUUUUUUCCUUUUUUUCGUUUGUCUCCUCCUCCUCCCCUCCUCGUUUCUUCUGUUUUCUCUCUUUCUUUCUUGUUCACUUCUUUUGUUCUUUCUUUUCUUUUCUUUUCUUUCUUGUUUGUCCUCCAGUUUCUGUGUUUUCAGACUCUGAGUACAGAACAGAGCGUUUCCUCCUUUUUGGAGGUUGGCCUGUUUUUUUAGCAGGAAGGAGGAGGUCUGCUCUGGCUCCCCAUCUGAUUCACAUCAUUCAUGUAGAAACAAAGACUGGUGCUGCAGACUAACACUGAUGGAUCCAUGCUGGAUGUAUUCUGGAUCAGUCCAUUAUAAACACAGCUCUCUCUGCAGUCUAUCAUUUAGUAUUCUGUGUUUCAGUUCAGUGGACUUCAUGUUAGCCUAGUUUUGGAUUUUUAUUACCUGUUUUAAAAAUAAGCUUAUUGGAGAGUUCAAACUCUGUAAACUUAAAGAAGAGGUUGUGUUUUAGUCUGGAUAGAUGUCAGCUCUCCUCAUUAAAGGUCCAAACUCCCCCCUCUGUACUGAGCGUGCUCUGAUCCUGGUAUCAGAUGUCCUCCUGUUUAAAUGUGAAGAUCGGGUCGGUUCAGUUCAGCUCGGUGCUUUUCUGUGUUUAUGGAGACGACACUCACAAACUCUGUCAGGGACCAUCAUUAGGAGGUCACGCGGUGUUUAGACGUACUCCACACCUCUUCAGCUCCUCCAAACAUCUGCAGUGUUAAAGUUUUAGUGAGAAUAACAACAGUCUGAUUUAUUAUCUCCAUAUAAUGAAGCCUUCUUUUAGUUUUUUAAGACCAACCUAUCUGUAAGUUAAUGAUGUUAUAUUGAUCCAUGCACACAAUAAUAAUGAUAAAUGUGUGUUUUGUAAACUACAGACAAACGGGUCAUGAAACUUUACAGAGAAAACGAGGCUGUGGUAUUAAAGGGAUAUUCCAGCAGGAAAUUAAUUUAGGGUCAAACACACCGUAACACAGAGUUAGACACCCCCUCCAGAGAUGAAUGUUGCCGACCGUUUACUUCUCUAGUUAUAUCAACUUUAGUAACGACAGCAGGAUAGCAAUUCACAGCGGUCUGAGGAGCCAUAAACAAACCUCAACCAAAACACCACUCUAUAGCCACAAAUAAUGCUCAGAACAGCACCUAGCUUCAUCAACAGUACAUAUAGGGUCCCAGCCAUAUUACUGGCCACCAAACAUCUUUUUAACUUUGACUAAUUUCUUUAGCAAAGAGACUAAACACAACUCACCUACUCUCUUCCAGCAGACGCUGGUUUGUAGUGAGACCUCAGGCCAGUCCAUUACGGACUACAGCAGGGUGAAGCAACUCAAGGAAGAACAUUUAUGAUCAUUUCUUGAUCAUUUCCUUGAAGUAAUAAUCACCAUAUUAACCAUUUUGCACUGCAGACGCGGUAGUUCUUCUGCAUCAAGGUCCUUACACACAGGGGCAGACGCAAAUAUAGAACUUGAAAUUAGGAAAUAUUGGUAGGCGGAUUUUGUUGUGACCGACUAUACACAUCAAGCCCGAUGCAAUUUUGCGACUUUCCAGGGGAAAAAGACGCAUCCUGGGGAAGACUUUUCCUGGGGAAAGUCCCGCCUCCUUUGCCUCUGAUUGGCUAGAAAAGCUGGAAAUGUCAUCACACGCUCAAGCCAAAGUCAGCACUUAUAGCCAAUCAGGUGGUGAAGGGGGGACGGGACCUACCCUUACCAUUCUACAGCGUCUCGGGUGGAAGCGAGAAGAAAAAAAUGUAGUCUACUUCAACUUCAAGUGAUGGUGAAUUGGUACUAGGCCUGGGCGAUUUGGCAAAAAAAAUGAUCACGAUUUAUUUUGUCAUAUCGUCUGAUCACGAUUUUUGUUUUAAACUGCCAGUUUUAAAGCAUCUGUACUAAAAACUAAAAAAACUAGAGAUUAGUUCAACAUUUUAUUAACAUACAAAGUAAAUAACAAAGGAAAUUGAAUAAGAUACACUUACAAAAAUAUAAAAAAACAUUUUAACUCAACAGUACAACAAAUGUAGAUAAAUACUAAGUAAUACAGAGAGUUAGUUUACAGUCCUGAGUGUUUUUGCAGGUAUGCAAGACCCAAAAUAAACAAAUUGCCCCCUCAGAGAUAAUGAAGGUGCUUUAAAAUGUAAAUAUUAGGUGAUGUAAACAUAGAUGAUACGCAUACCUGCCAACAUUUUGGUUAUAAAAUCCAGGAGUUGUUUGCGGCGCACGCUGGGCAGUUUUGGGGUGACCUCUAUGGUGGAUAUGAGCUAAUUAUCAGAGUAUUUGUAAUUAAAUUGCUCAUCCAAAUAAGUAUAAGUGAAGCUGCACACUUUGGUUUUGUUUUAACAAUAACAAAUGGUAAAAAAAAGAUAAAAGGUACGACAUUCCUUGAACUUAUUUAGUCCACUAUAUUAGUGUUAAAGUCCUCAUAUGUUCUACAUGCUCUCCCGUAUGAGGCUCUCUGAACAUCUGUGUAUGAAAUACAGCACUCUUUUAUCCAAGCCUGCCCUGAACGCAUCACUCUCGCAUAUCUCGCGUUUGUUUUCCUUUCAUUGAAGUUUUCAUUUUCCAACAAACACUGUUUAAAUAUAAUUUACAGCUGAAACCGACCUGAAUCAUCCAAAACUGUAAAGUAAAAGUAUCAAUCCAGUCUGUGUGGCUCAGCAGAAACACAGGACUAUCUCCGUUCGUCUGGAAACCUGGGGCCUCAUUUAUCAACCGUGCGUACACACAGAUGUGUGCGUAAAGAGUGCGUACGAACAUUCCCACGCAGAGUCUGGAAUUUAUCAACCUGUACUUGUGCUUAGGAACGUGCGUAAAUUUAAGCACAACUCUGACCAUGCGUACACACAAAACCUAGUGGUAGGACAGUAAAACUACUAAUAGAACCCAUUAAAGGAGUCACAGCGUCCUGCAAUCUCAAGCUUCACACAUGUUCCCGUUGCCGCUAUACAAAAUUUAUCAAUUAGUAAUUUAGCAGACAUUUUGAAUGAUUGGUGAAACAAGCUAUAAAAAUCUGCUGUGACAGGACAACCUCAAAAGAAGUCUUACAAGUACAAAUACAAGUAUCACGGUUUAUUUUGCGCUAUUGGAGGACUUGGAGAAGCGUCUGCUCCUCCACAGGGAGCACAGCGUUUUCAAAGAGCGUGCUGAUCUGUUCAGUGAGAACUCAGAGUGGAUUCUCAGCAGGUACCGCGUCCCCAAAACAUUUUAAUGGAUUUACGCCGUGAUUUACUACCUGUGUCAGAGCGAGAAACAAAACGCACCAAAGCCAUCCCAGCGCACACCCAGCUCCUGUCCACCCUAACCCAAACAUUUCAGCGAGAGAUUUGAGACAUAUGCGAUAUUUCGCAGCCAACGUUAAACAGAAUCAUGCCGGCAGAGUUGGAUGUAAUAAUUUCUCUGGCCUCAAUUUACAUCCAGUUCCCAAACACACAUCAGCAACAAGCCGAAAUAAAACGAGGAUUUCACGCCAUCGCCGGAUUCCCAAACAUAAUUGGAGCCAUAGAUUGGACCCACAUCGCAAUAAAAGCACCUUCACACAAUAAAUUCAGAUUCGUCAACAGGAAAAGAUUUCAUUCAAUCGAUGCACAAAUAAUCUGCGAUGCACAUUUGUUUCUGUUAAACGUUGUUGCCCGGUGGCCUAGAGGAAGGCACGACUCAUUCAUUCUGCAGAACAGCACUGUGAGUGUGCACCUCCAGGAGGAGGAAAAACAUUCAUACACGCAUUUUUAAAGGGAUUGUUGAUGCCAUAUAUGGUCAAUUGGAGGCGUUCAUGAAUGCAAAUGACCCUAACCAUGCAUGAGCACGGUAGUAAAGAACAGGUGGGAUUUAUCAUCACCGAUUACUUACGUGUGUGCGUACGACCGGUGUCCGCACGUUUGAUGAAUAUGGAUUUUUUUGUACUUACGCACAUUCUAAAUUUCAUUCCUACGCCAGAAUUUAGAACCUUUUCUACGCACCUUUGAUAAAUAAGGCCCCUGGAAACUUUGGACAAAUAUAGUGAUCCGAUUCAUGAAUGAAUACUGACCAUGCUACGAGAAAUUCCGGGGAGAAAUGACAAUACUUGGGGUGGGUGGGAGAUACGUCUGAAAUAGGGGAGAGUCCCGGGAUAAACAGGAGUGUUGGCAGGUAUGGAUAUGAUUGAUCGCUGCUUUGGUCUGUGGCUGCACCGCUAGUUGUGGCUAAACUGCUAAUGCUACUCCCACCGUCAGCAGUGGCAGGCUGUACAGACUCCGCUCGCUGCUUCCCGCAUAAUCACUUGGGUAGAACAGAUUUGUUAUGUUGCCGGUUUAUCGGCUUAAUUGCUCGACAUCACUUUGGAGAGACGUUGAAUAACUUCUCAACUAUAACAUCUUCGGAGGAUGACUCAAAGUCACGGCUGACAUCUAUCUUGCUGCCCUCAGCUCCGCGUUUAGCUUCAUGUUCGGUCAUUCUGUUUACUUCUCCUGUUUACUUUUCCAGUAACUUACAGAAGUGAGCAGGAAAAGCUCGACUCUGAUUGGCUGUUGUGACGCACGUUUCCGCCAUGUUUGAUCGAGUAAAUAUGCUCACAGCUGAUCACCGUGAUCGAACUGAAAUUUAUCGCGAUCAUCGAUCACGAUCAGUCCUAAUUGGUACUCCUUUUGCUUUCUCAAAAGAAAAAGAAACGUAGCACAUGGGUGCAUCCAAUAUUACAAAAAAGAAGAGAACUUGGUGUGUUUCACUUCUUGGUUCAGGAGCUGAAACUGGACCACGGUCACUUCAGAACCUAUUUUUAAUGUGUUCUUCACCCCCAGAGGAUGGUCUUAAAAACAUCUUUAUAUGGUCAUCAUGUGUGCUGAAGUGAUGAGGAGUUCCUGCAGGAUGAAACUCGGAUGGAUUAUUUGUCACCAGUAGAUGUUUUCAGGGAGACAGGAAGUCAGAAAGUCUGAGUAUCAGAUGACAGGAGAAGUAUUAGCAAUUAUCAGCUGACACAGGUCAGAGGUCAGUGUCUGUUCCCGGUCUGGGCCCUGUUGAUGUAAGAGGCUGUUUGUGCCGUGACUGAAGAGGACAUGUAAACCCUGUCUGUCAUGGUAUUUUAAUGGACUGUAUGAGCUUUUUGCUCAUGUAGGAGCCUGUUGCUGUUUCUUAUGAGAAUUCCUGAGCAGACUGGAGAGAGGGAGAGGGAGAGAGACAGAGAGAGGGAGAGGGCGAUGGUUUCCACAGAGCGAUUGUUGCUGUAACAUGGAAACCCUUUUAUUGUUUACAGAUGCAAACACAAAGCUGCAGGCGUCCAAACUCUAGUUUCACACACAGAAAAAUUUGUUAAAGGUUCCUGAGACUUCAUUACCUCUGAUUUUAAUGGCUAACCCAGAACCAGAACCAGGACUCAGAGUGGUCUCCACACUUGGGUCUGGUUCAUCAGGACUUUCAGAACUGUGAUCUUGACAUAAAACUAGACUUGGUUCAGAAUGGGCCGGUCCAGACUCAUGGUUUAUUUGUCUGUACUUGUUGUUGGUCUGGUCUUGUGUCUCUUCUCAGGACUUGUUUGUUUUUCUUUGGGACUUGAAUCCAGUUUGUUUGUCAUGAACUUGACAGUCUUUGUUGAUGGUCUUGUCUUUGGUUUUAAUCCAGUAAAUUGAAUUGGGACUUGCGGGUAUCAACUCGAGACUCGAUAUAAGACUUGUUAUAACUUAUUGUAUAAACUCGCACAGUAUUUCAGUAUUAUGAGAGAUAAAGAGUAGCACAGUAUUGUUACAGUAAUAAGAGUGUAGUAUUGUUAAAGUAAAGGGAGUGUAGUAUUAGUAGAUUAAUAAGAGUGUAAUAUUGUUAAAGUAAUAGAAGAGUAAGUCCCUCACUCCUUCAUUGUUAGAGUAAUGAGGGAGUGUAUUAUUGUUAGAGAAAUGAGGGAGUGUAGUAUUGUUAGAUUAAUAAGAGUGUAGUAUUGUUAGUGUAAUGAGGGAUUGUAGUAUUGUUAGAUUAAUGAAAGAGUGUAGUAUUGUUAGAUUAAUAAGAGUGUAGUAUUGUUAGUGUAAUGAGGGAUUGUAGUAUUGUUAGAUUAAUGAAAGAGUGUAGUAUUGUUAGAGAAAUAAGAGUGUAGUAUUGUUAGAGUAAUGAGAGAGUGUAGUAUUGUUAAAGUAAUGAGAGUGUAGUAUUGUUAGAGUAAUGAGCGAGUGAAGUAUUGUUCAAGUAAUGAGGGAGUUUAGUAUUGUUAGAGUAAUGAGAGUGUAGUAUUGUUAGAGUAAUGAGGGAGUGUAGUAAUGUUAAAGUAAUGAGGGAGUGUAGUAAUGUUAGCGUAAUGAGAGAGUGUAGUAUUGUUAGAGUAAUGAGAGAGCGUAGUGUGUACUUUCGUAAGAGUAAUGCGAGUGUAGAACUGUUUUUAAAGUGAUAGGGGUGUACUAUUGUUAGGGUAGUUGGGGAGUGUAGUACUGUUAGAUUAAUAGGAGUGUAGUAUUAUUAGAGUUAUGAGAGAGUGAAGUAUUUUUAGAGUAAUGAGAGAGUGUAGUAUUAUUAGAGUACUGAGGGAGUGUUGUAUUGUUAGAGAGGUGAAAGAGGGAAGUAUUGUUAAAGUAAUGAGGGCGUGUAGUAUUGUUAGAGAAAUGAGGGAGUGUAGUAUUGUAAGAUUGAUAAGAAUGUAGUAUUGUAAGAGUAAUGAUGGAGUUUAGUAUUUUUAGAGUAAUGAGAGAAUGUAGCAUUGUUAGAGUAAUGAGAGUGUGUAGCAUUGUUAGAGUAAUGAGAGUGUGUAGUAUUGUUAGAGUAAUGAGAGAGUGUAGUAUUGUUAGAGUAAUGAGGGAGUGUAGUAUUGUUAGAGUAAUGAGGAAGUGUAGUAUUGUCAGAGUAAUGUGAGAGUAUAGUAUUGUGUAGCAUUGUUAGAGUAAUGUGAGUGUAGUAUUGUUUUUAAAGUGAUAGGGGUGUACUAUUGUUAGGGUAAUGAGAGAGUUUAGUAUUGUUAGAAUGUUGCAUUGUUGGAGUUAUUAGAGUGUACUACUGUUAAAGUAAUAUGAGUGUAGUAUUGUUAAAGUAAUGAGAGUGUAGUAUUGUUGAAGUAAUAAGAGUGUAGUAUUGUGUAGUAUUGUUCAAGUAAUGAGAGUGUCGUAUUGUGUAGUAUUCUUAGAGGUUUAAGAGUAUUGUGUAGUGUAUUAUUGUUGUUUAGAGUUGUGGAUUGCAGUGUUGAGGAAGUGUCUGAGGAUUGUCUCACUUCAGUUUCCUGCCCAGGACCCCCCCCCCCCCCCCCCCCGAAGCCCCGCCCCCUCUCUCUCCCUCUUUAUGGCGUGUUAUUUUCUUGCUGUGUUUGCAGACUUCAUGCCUGCUGCUCGCUCACUGAAGCAGCUCACUGCUGUCUCGGCUAUAAAUACACGAAUCAUUGCCGAGUCUCUGCAGCUGUAUUUACACUCUGAACUUGGAUGACUUAUAGAUCAACACGCCGCUGUUGUCAACACUCAGUUUGUGCCCCAGCUGCUGGAUUUAUAGACUCCGAGGAGGUCCGUGCCUGGGGGUUUUUCACUGGUCCUGGACGCUCUCGCUUUCCCCUGCUGAGGUUUUGAGGAUUCAGAUCUGAGUGUUCAGGGAAAAGCAGCAAUGGGAGACUUUUGGGGAGAUAUUGCCACUCAGAGAGUUGCCAGAGCCAUGUCGCUGGUACGUAUCUGCUGUGUGUGUGUGUGUGUGUGUGUGUGUGUGUGCUGCUGUGUCUGUACGUGUGUGUGUGUGGUAUGUAAAAUUUGUGGCCUUCUCCUCUCACACAGGUAGAGCUGGAAACAAGUCAGAGAUUGUUUGGUGGUCAUGUUUGCACACAGAGGGCUUUCUUUUUUUAUGCAGAGCAUGAGUGACGUGUUGUUCUUCAUAAAACAGGAGAGGAAACGAGUUAAACAGGAAAAGAACGGAGUGUCAGAUCAAAGUGAACCCACAUGUACUUUUACAAGAGAAAGACUGGUGUUAAAGUUAUAAAAAGACACCGUGGACAACCUUAGUGACAGAAAUAGUGAUUAUUUCAGGAUGAGCACAAGUACAGACAUGAAAUAUAAAAGUCUUUUUACAGCAUUCAGAAACACUCCUAAAAUACUCAAUCAGAAAUGUACAAAUACUCUGAGUGUUUUAAAUUUUCCGAGCAUCUUCACUCUGUUAAUGGUUUGAAAUUGAAUUCAGGUCUGCUAAAGAAACUUCACCAAUAAAAUCUUUUCCACAAGGUUGGCAGAGUGCUGGAGUUUGUUUAUGAUAAUGAAGAAACUUAAAAGUUUUCAGACUUUAACUAAAUAACAAAGUCAUUCAGAGAAAAAGGAUUCAAACUUCAAUUUAAAUUCUGUGAAUUCAUGUGAAUUUAUUCAUUAGAUAUAAAUUUUCACAUGAUCGUUAUUUAAUCUCAGAGUUUAGUAUAUUUUAAUGUAUUUCAUUAAACUUAUAAUAUUACUGCAGAUUAGUCUGAAGGAGUGACUCAUUGAUGAGUUAUCAGGAAAGUUUACUACAGUUAAUUCAGGCCAGUUUAUCAAAUAAUUCAGAGCUCUCAUGUCUGUUUCUCUUCUGAUAUUAAGGGUUAGUUCUUUUAUUGGCAGGAUAAUUCAGAGGUUUCAUCCUCCUAAAAUCCUGACUCCUGUUCUGUUCCUCAGACCUCCAUAAGUUUAAUUCAUCUUCAGCUUUAGUUAUGAGUCUGCUCUCAGGGUUUAUUUCUAUAAUACAGUUAGGCAGCGCUCUGCAAAGAUGGUAAACACACAGUCUCUCGACGCGACUUGGCGUCCUGCGACCUCGGGCGUCGCGACCUCGUGCGACGCGACGUCGGCGACCAUGCGCGACUUGGUCGCGGCUGUCCAUAGACUUUGCAUUGGGAGUCGUUGCUCACGUCGCCGAGGUCGCGUUUGGUCUGAACGCAGCUUUAGUCCUCUGGGCCUGUCGCUCUUUUUCCAUCCUUCAUUUUAACUCUCGUCUCUCCUUUCUGUUACUUAAUUAGAAAGGAGUAUUUUCAGUUUUGAGGCUCAGCAGGUAAUUUCUGCAUCCCAAAGCGAAUCCUCUUUCAGUCAGAGAAAACUUUAGGAAGUGUGUCUAAAGUUUUUCAGCUGUGAGGAAUGAGAUUCAGUCGACUUUUAGCGAAAACUGUUGAUGAAUCCUCCUCUGACCCGGAGCAUGAGUGCGGUAUGGCGUCACAUGCUUGUUUGAGGAGAGGAGGGUCAGAGCAAAUGAACACACAUAAUCAUCUUGUACCCUGACAGGAUCCUGAUCCUGCAUCAGCAGAAAGAUCUCCAGACCAUAGACUGUAUAUAAGAUGGACAGAGCCUGCCUCCUCGCUGGGUGAAGCCACUCCGAGAACAGCACCCUCUGAUGGUGGGCUGCAGUACAGGUCAUAAAUCCCGCCUCCGCCAGCAAAGCUUAUGGAGCUGUGGACAAACUUUAGAAAUUUAUUACACAGAACAUAAUUUUUUCUCCCCCCUGGUUGUGAUGUUGACAUGUAGUUACUGUCAGACUGGUUUGUGCCCAAGUCCUCUUUUUUCUGUACAGCUCCGUUUUUAAAAGUUAUUAGAGGGUUCAUGUUUUCUAUGAUUGACACCUGGUACAGCCUAUGGGCGUUCAGGGAUUCCGAAGCUCUUCCGGGGGAAUACGCUGUUUGAGCCAAGCGUCAUCACAGGGACUCUCGGCGACUGCGCGGCCGAAUGCGCACAACGCUACUGCACAGCUCUGGUUUCAAGGAAGCGGAGAAAAACCCGGAAUUACCGAGAGCCGUUUGGCUUCAAAUCCGUAUACAGGCGGAAGGCGGAACCACGGCGUCCAUCUUAUAUACAGUCUAUGCUCCAGACAGAUCAGAGGUUUCCUUUGAAGCGGCAGCUGUUUCUGUCUGUGAGUGUGAGCAGACAUAUUGAUCAAGACUCAUGUUUCAGUGCUGCUGAUGGAAACUAAAGACCCGGUCUAACCCUGACCCUGGUUCAUGAGAUCCUCUCCUGAUGAGCCCCUGAAUAAUGAUGGAGGUCCUGUAGAGUCCUGGGGCCUCAUGUAUCAACGCUUGCGGCGCAAGAAAACCUUGCGUACGCCAAAAUCGGCGCACAUGUCCAGAUUUAUCAUCGCGAAACGAGCGUCGGUUCCAGCGCUAAUCAACGCAAAGUCAGGAGGUGGUGUAGAAAUUGGCGUUGAGCUGGAUAUUUGCGUUGACUGUGAUUCGCACUUUGGCGACGCUGUGUGGCGGUGUUUGGUGAUUCACUAUGUGACAAGCGUGCACCACAUCCCCGUGGCCGGGCAGCACGUCGCCCCACAUGACGAACCAGCAGCAGACGGAGGGAUGCGAGCCGGGCCGCCGUCCUCGCGCGGGAGAAUCUCAUCGCCACAGUGUGAAUGGGUAAGAAGUGAAUACACAGUUCAAUGAGCCAAAUUAAUUUAUUUUCUCCACCAGACGCUCGAGGACAUUUACGAGCCGGUCCAGCCGCGAUCCCCCUGAUGAUUUCUUCCUGCGAUUGCAGGACCCCCUCCGCGAGGACCCUUCCACUGCGUCCGGGUGGUCCAGCGGAAGCGCCGCGGCUGGUGGACGCUCCACCGCUUGUCGGCGCGCUGGUGCUGAUGCUGGUGCUGGGGCCGGGGGCCGGGGUGGCCCGAAUGCCGCUGGUCCUGGCCGACGACUCCGAGCCGGCGGACGGGCUGCCGCGGGCCAGGGUUCCGCAAGCCGGCGACACGGCCGACACAUUAAUUUCUGUGACACAAUAAAAAUAUUAGUUCAUUUCAAUUCCUGCUUCUGUGUAUCUGUUGCGUUUACAUCUCUCUCCACGGUAUCAUAGAUAAUGUAAUCCAGUAUUUCGAGGUCAGUUAUGCACAUUACAGUUGUUUAUUGCAUAAAAAGUUAUCGAAAAAUGAAGUUAAGGGCGAAGUAUAAAUCACGUCUAAAAAUAGACUGAAUCCCGACGUUGAAAUGAAGUAUAAACUUAGACUAGACGUCUAAUAUACGUCUUUUGCUCAGUGGGAUGACAAAGCAUGUGGACAUUUGUGUGACACGCCACUUACCCUAUAAUAAUAAUCGCCACCACCCGCUGCUCAAACGGUGUGAGGGUCUCCUCCCCCGGACCCCCACCUGUCUGGCCGGUACUCCUCCGGAGGGCAGCUGUACGCCGCUUGACCUCCACCUUGAGGUCCGACCACUUUUUUUUAAUCUCCGCGGGGGUGCGUGUCUCGGAACCCACCGCAUUCACCCUCUCGCAAACUUUCUCCCACUCCAAGCGUUUUUGUUUUGCACUGAUGCCACUGGACAGGCUGCCAAACAAAACACGCUGUCGCUCCUCCACCUCCGCCACCAGCUCCUCCACCUCGCACGCCGUAAAUGUAGUUUUUCUUGUCAUUUUGUCUGCGUGCGAGGACAGGGAGACCCUAUUUAAAUAAAUCUGCAUAUUUAUAGGAGGGCGUAACGGGGACGGGCCCAGUCACUCCGACAUCUGCGCUCAAUUCCACGCUGAUUGGGAUUUAUCAAGGAAACACACGUGGAUUUCGGCGCCCGCACACAUUGAUACAUACGGAUUUUUUUCAGCGUGACGGACCUUGCGUGCGCUCGUUUCUGGUAUGAGUUCCACGCAAGUGUUGAUACAUGAGGCCCCAGGUCUACAGUGAGAGGAGGAUGGUGGGAAUCUAGUUCAGGAGGAUUCACAUGAUGGUCACCGAAUACUAGAGAGGAAGUGAGGCGGAAAAAGAGAGAGAGAGACCACCUCUCCCCACUUCCUCUCGCUGGGCGUGGCGUUUGGUUGACAUGAUAGACUGUGUGAUGACAAGAUGUCUGUGUGUGUGUGUGUGUGUGUGUGUGUGUGUGUAGAGAGUCUACCACAGUGUGAAAUCCAAAUCUGACCUGACCUGACCUGGACUGGACUGAGGUCAGAGAUGCAGCAGAACCGUGAGACUUUGGGUCAGACUGUAGGAGGGUGUGAGGGGUCAAUCUGAGGUCACCUGACUCUAAAAUAACCCCAUGAAUGAAGCUCACAGUCAGACAUUCUAAGCUGUAACCAUAGCCUGUAUAUGAUCUGGACAACUUUGUUCCGCCUACCGCCUGUAUACGGAUUUGAAGCCAAAAAACUCUUGGUAUUUCCGGGAUUUUUCUUCAUUUCCUGAAACCAGCGCUGCGCAGUAGUGAUGCGCGCAUUCGGGCGCACAGUUGCCGAGAGUCGCUGUGAUGAUGCUAGGCUCAAACAGCGUAUCCCCCGGGAGAGCUAUGCAAUGCCUGAACGCCCAUAGGCUGUAUCAGGUGUCAAUCAUAGAAAACAUGAACCCUCUAAUAACUUUUAAAAAUGGAGCUGUACAGAAAAAAAGAGGACUUGAGCACAAACCAGUCUGACAAUAACUGCAUGUCAACAUCACAACCAGGGGGGAAACAUUUAUAUUCUGUGUCAUUAAUUUCUAAAGUUUGUCCACAGCUCCAUAAGCUUUGCUGGCGGAGGCAGGAUUUAUGACCUAUACUGCAGCCCAUUAAUAGAGGGUGCUGUUCUCGGAGUGGCUUCACCCAGCAAGGAGGCAGACUCUGUCCAUUCUUUAUACAGUCUAUGGCUGUAACACAGACACCCUCCAUUAGGUAGAGCUAUAGCUCAGGUUAGUGUCUACUGCCAUUGUCAGUUCGUUUCCAUGACACUCGAGAAAACUGAAUUAUCGCCUUAUUCUUAUUAAGACCGGACAACUAAAGUGCAUGUAAACACCUUAGUCCGACGAACCAGCGUAGUCGGAGUAUGAUCGGACAAUGCAUGUGUGCGUGUGCCACGCCCCCGUAACCCUGGAACAAAAACACCAGAGAAGAGGAGUAGCGUGCAUCUCAUCUGCAGAAAAAGUAGCGCGUCCAUUGUGUAGGACAAAAACAACGCUGUACGAUGCUCCAUCUUCUUGCUCCAAAAUGCCCAGCAGCAGUUGUAGACACUUCUGACGUCUGUCACAGACCUGCUGUUGUUGUUGACGGUUGUAUGGGGUCGGAAACAGCACAGCUGAAAAGAUCUAUAUCGCCCCCUAGUUUUGGGGAGGAGGACACGUUCACGUCAAUAAUUCGAUUUUCUCAGCUGCAUGUAUACGCGGACAAGGAGAGAAGUCUGAUAUGGUGAAAAAAACGAAUUAUGAGCUUAGUCCGAUUAAACUGUGACUGUAAACGUACUAAGUGAUGUGAUGCUCCACUACCUGAAUGUAAAUGAGCACAGACACAGACGAUGCUGUCAGGACUGAUUAGCAAAGUUUUACAACAAAGGCGAUGACAACAGUAACACUGGACAUCUGCAGACAGACUGUAGGUAAUAAAAGUUCAUAAAAAGUGGAGUCUCUAGUUUAUUCUAGGAUAACUCAGUAAAAUAUUGAGGCUUCUGUUGUUAGCUGUCUGUGCUGGAUUAGGGCUGUCAUCUUUGUUUUGGUCUGUCUACCAAUGAGAGGCUGUUUCUGCAAUCAGCUGACAUAAGGAGAACCAAUCAAUGGCAAGGCCCACCUGUCUCAGUACAGGAGGGCAGGUGAUCAUAGUUGUUAGAAAUGUGUGUGUGUUCCUGUCCCCAUGCUGCUGUUCAAACACACAGCAGGCUGUUAGCUCACACUCACAGCAGAGUGAAAACCAGCCAGCAUGAAGCAGCACUUCCUAUUUCACACACACACACACACACACACACACACACACACACACACACACACACACACACACACACACACACACACACCCUCAGUUCGACAACUAACAACUAACCGAGAAAAAACCAUGAAUGAAGAGUGAGAAACAGAAACUAUAGAAAAACAACUCAACAUCUGUUGUGUGUGUGUGUGUGUUUCCUGCAGGGGAACGAUGAAGAGGCUGUGCUCGAUCAGGGGAAGACCAGCUCCACCCUCCACACCAACUUUGAGAAAGAGGAACUGGAGAGUGAGUCUGAUCUUUACACACACACACACACACACACACACACACACACACACACACACACACACACACACACACACACACACACACACACACACACACACACACACACAGCUUGUUUACAGUCAAACAGAAAGUAGCAAAGAUGACUCAGCCUGUUUUUCUUUUCAGGUGUUCAGUGAGCUCAGGUAUCAAAACAUAAACCACCAGAGUUUAUUAUAUUAUAAUGCUUAUAAUAAUAAUAAUAAUAAUGUUAAUAAUGAUGAUUAUUGAUAUAGUUUUACCACACAUGAUUAAACAGUUGAGACAUAAGAAAGUUCAAACAAAAGACAGUCUGAAAAGAAAAGCUGGUUUGUCUCAGUGUCUGAUCGACAGGUCACUGAUUUAAAAUCAGUCUGAAACAUUUAAUGUCAAAUUUAGAUUAAAAAAACCGAAACGACGAAAAUAAAACAUUCAUAAAAAGAAUACAAAACAAAUAAAACAGUCAGUGAAAGAACUUCACAGUCAGCAGAACUGCAGUGAACAACGACUUCACCAAAAGUCUAAAUGAACAAAAAUCCUGAAUCACUCAUAAAUAAACACAGAGCAGAUUUUCAACCUCAGAUUAAAACCUUCAGAUGAUAUUUUCUGUUAUUUCUGGACAUUUUUUCAGCAGACGAGGAAAAGUUUGAGUUAAAGUGAUGAACUUUCUGUCCUCAGGUCACCGAGCGGUCUAUGUCGGCGUUCAUGUCCCUCUGGGCCGACAGAGUCGACGGCGGCACCGUCACCGAGGACACCGACAUCACCGGAAACGUCGGGACCGUUCGGACAGAGAGGACGGCCGAGAGUCACCGACAUACGGUGGGUACAGACACACACACACAUUAACACACUAACACACACUCACAGAUGUUCUCUCUGAUGUGUGUUUUUGUCACAGACACGCCGUCUCAGAGAGUCCAGUUCAUCCUGGGGACCGAGGACGUAGACGAGGAGCACAUCCCUCACGACCUCUUCACAGAGCUGGACGAGCUGGCCUUCAGAGAUGGAGACUUCCAGGAGUGGAAAGAGACAGCCAGGUGAGGCUUUAACCCUUUCCUGACACUCAGGUGAACUCCAUCCUGAUGAUCUGAAUAACAGGCAGUCGGAGUUAAAACACCACCUCUCUUCACUUUGUUUCCACAGCUGAUCCCUCGUUCUUUUAACAGGAUUAUCCUCUGUUUACUCUUUACUCUGUCUUUACCUUUACACCCAGGUAAUUCAGACCUGAUGUUUGUAGGCCCAGUAACACCUGAAAGACUCACCUGUGAGUGUAGCUGUGGUUUGGAUUAGUCUGAGUUAAUCCAAAAACAGAAAUGGUCUGUUAGGAGAGCCUCCAGGGACGUGUUAACGCACAUGAAGAUGUUUAGUCGAACCUGUUUCUGUCGUUUCUCAGGUGGCUGAAGUUUGAGGAGGAUGUAGAAGAUGGAGGAGAGCGGUGGAGUAAACCCUACGUGGCCACGCUGUCUCUCCAUAGUCUGUUUGAGCUCCGCUCCUGCAUCCUGAAUGGCACCGUGCUCCUCGACAUGAGAGCCAGCACCAUCGAGGAGAUCGCAGGUCAGCAAGAUUUGGAUCUCAAGUCCAGUCACAUCUUAGUGAUGUAACACAUCCAAACACACACUUCAAUAAUGUGCACACACAUACAUACAGAUAUCAGGACACACAUAACACACACACACAUUACAGAUGCACAGACACUAGGACCGGGCGGUGAUAAGGUAUAAGGUAUAUCGGCUGUGUCUUUCAAAAGCAACGGUAUCAGUUUCAAUACCAUCACAGCACCGGCGCUUUGUUUUGAAUGCCCGGAGUGUUUGUCCAAUCAGAAAAAUGUCAACGUUGUUGAAAAACUGAGAGUUGUCUAUGUGCGCCUAUAUAGGAUUAACUACGGUAGUCGUAAUCAUAUGAAGUAGGCAGCCAUUGCAAAACACAGGAUGUAUCAGCAGAGCGCUACACAGCUUCUCAGUACCGUAAUCUCUCGAAAGUUUGUUUAAUCUGAAAAAUUCCAACACUGACAGACAGCUGAGUAUCUGUGCUUUCUGUACAUAUAUAUAUAUGAUGUUUGGUAUAUAUUACGGUAAUCUUGAAAGGUACCACCUAAACCGCAACUUUGACAGAAGAAGAGGGAGAAAAGGAGAGGGGAGUAAGGGAGUGAAGUAAGACAGAGCCAGAAAAAUUUGAUUCCGGUCGAUUCCGAUUUUUUAACCAUAUGUGACACAUAUCUGAUUUUUUCAUGUAAGUGUGAACAGUGCAAUUCUGAUUUUUUUCAAAUCCGACCCAGGCCUCUUUUGUAUGUGGAUUUAAAUGGGAUAUAUAUCCGAUGUGACUGCAGUGUGGAUGCUCAGGUCAUCAAUAUACGACAAACGUCACCAUUGUUCGACAACACAAAUAGGCGCGGAAAGCAAUUUGUGCUUUGUGCACAUGCGGGUCACUUCAUGGACACAUUCUGUUCACAUUAGAUGCCGCAUUUGUUAUUGUAAUGUGAACAACCGCACAAAAAGAUAGGAUUUAACAAAAAAUCCGAAUUGUGCAUCAUAACCUGCAGUGUGAACGUAGCCUUAGUAAUAAAUAUUAGUAAAUAGUUUAAUGAAAAGAUAACUGUGAGAGAUGGAAACACUUCUAACUUAAGGACGUAUCUCCGAAUCAACCACCCGCUCACUGCUGCGAGGACGCAUUUGUCCUCGAGUUCACUCAGUGCAGCAGUUUCAACGCCUCCCACUGAUACCGAUGCAGGACCAACAACAACCAAGUCCACCACCACUUUUACACCGCCGACAGUAAUGAAGGCCUUUGGGAAAACAACGAAGUACAAAAGGGAGCGUGUCUGUUAGAAAACCUGCACUGAUGUAGUGACAAAGUAAAGACAGAGGAAAUGGUCUCUAUCCACACGGCGAAAAAGAAGCGACAGACACACACGCUCACAUAGGAUCUUAGCUAACCCCGUGCUAUUGCUCCUCUCCUCAUAGAUAUGGUGAUUGACAGCAUGCUGGCAUCCGGUCAGCUGGAGGAGGGCGUCCGAGAGAAGGUGAGGGAGGCCAUGUUGCGGCGUCACCACCAUCAGAACGAGAAGAAGCUGAGUAACAGAAUCCCGCUGGUCCGGUCCUUUGCUGACAUAGGCAAGAAACACUCGGACCCCCAUUUACUAGAACGUAAUGGUGAGAUCUCCGCGCUCUUGUCAUUCUCUGAUAAAAGCUUGUGACCUUUGACCUCACGGUUGUUUGAAGUUUCUCAGCACUCCUCUUAAAAUCUCAUGUCGACGUGAGUUCAGAUCUUUGUUUGAAGAGCGCCCUCAUUGUUUUUGGUUCGUUGGUCCUGAAGGUUGGAGGUAACAGAGUGACAAGACGAAGGGUCUCCUGGUCGCUGCACGGCUCUCAUGGUGUUUGAGUGAAUCAGCUAUUUGAGGUCUGAUCUGAAGUCAGCUGAUUGAUGAGUUUGAUUGAUCAAAAAUGGUCUGUUUUAGCUGCAUGUGUGUUUAGGUUCUGCUGCUCUGAGUAAAUGUGUGUGUGUUCAGAUGUUGAACUAACUGUUGGUUAAUAAUGGUGUUAAAUAUUGACUCUGAACCAGCAGACGUGGUUCUAGUCUGGUCUGGUUCCUGUUGGUCAGCUCUGACCUGCAGGAUCUGACGAGUCAGCGAGCCAAUCACUGACUAACACAGCGUGACUAGUCAGCGUUUUCUCAUCCGGACUCCUAAACCGUGUUUGUGUCUGAGGAGGAGUUUUUCCUUCUGCUGGUUUCACCUGAGGCUCUGACAGGUUUGAACCUGCAGACAGGACGGUGUGAUAACAGCAGGAGCGUGUUUGUGUGUUUGUGUGUGUGUGUGUGUGUGUGUGUGUGUGUGUGUGUGUGUGUUUGUGUGUGUUUGCACUGAAGAUAACACUUAAAGCUUGUUUGAUCGCACACGGCCAGAUUGAAACAGUAAUUUGGUUUUUGAAGAAAAAGUUACUUUAAAAAAAACAGUAAACUCUUUCUAAAUCAAAGGAGAUCAAAUCUUUCAACUGAAAUAAUAUUUACUGACAGAAACUCCAGUGAAAUCAGGAGGAUAAGAAAAGAUGCAGCUCUGUGUCUGUUUGGUUUUGUUUUUUUGCCUGUUCAUGGUCAAGACGAAAAGAAAAACUCACUAAGAAACAAACGGACACACAAGUACAGACUGUCAGUCAUUUGCUCCCUCUCUGGUGUCUGUCUUUCUUUUCAGUUUGCAUGCAGACCUUCAAGCCCAGCCUGAGCAUGUCUCUCUCCUCUUCAUGUUUCUCCUCUUUCAGGGGAGGGUCUGUCCUCCUCUCUUUCCUCCCUCAGACGCCCUUCUAUCGCCUCCUCUGACUUCUCCUCUCCUUCUGCUCCGUUUGCAUGCAGACCUUCAAACCCAGCCUGAGCAUGUCUCUAUCUCCUCUCUCACCUCACUCUUCUUCUCCUCUUUCAGGGGAGGGAUUGUCCUCCUCUCUCUCCUUGUUUUUCCCUCUCUCACCUCACUCUUCUUCUCCUCUUUCAGGGGAGGGUCUGUCCUCCUCUCUCUCCUCCCUCAGACGCCCUUCCAUCACCUCCUCUGACUUCUCCUGUCCUUCUGCGGCCCCUCAUUUCUUCCGACCUCGGACUACCCUGUUCCCACCCUGUCCCCCCAGCCCCACCCUGUCCCUUCCUGCUGUCCUCACCCCGUCUCCCCCAUCGGGUCUCUCGGCCUCCUCCUCCUCAUGCCGGAGCUCAGCUCCUGAAGGGCUGUGGGGGGGGGAGUCCAGAUCCCUCAGGUGGUGGUCUACCCUCCUGAACAGGAAGAGGAGGAGGAAGUGUUCGGUCUGGAGGAUCUUCACCCUUACUCAGGCAAAUAUGAGUCUGCGCAGCUCUGCAUGGCGGUGGAUCAUCUCCCCCCUCACCUCACAGGAACACGUUCACAUGCUGAGUGAGGGAUCACUGGAUCAUGUUUCUAGGAGAUACCUGUCAGAGGGUUUAUUGUUGAAGCUCAUAUCAUAGAACUGGAGCUCAUGAGGUCUCCACAAUCAGAGUACAGAGAGCGGAUCAGUCAGGGGUUCAGAGAUGAGACUCCUCAUGAGUGAGGGUCUGUAGAUGAUCUUUGAACUGAAGCUGACUCACCAUCAUCGUCUGUCACUGAUUAUCCUGUUAAAGAGCUGAGAGCGACAGGUUUAAAGUCUUCAUAAAUAGGAAGGAGUCAGCAAUACAGUGACUAAUGAUGCAGAGCAGAGAGCUGAUGGAGCUGAGAACAAACCCAGAGGAAAGAUGAGAGGGAGGCACAGCUUCCUGCUUCAUAAUAAUAAUCAAAAGUAUGAUAUUAAUGAUAAAAAUAAUAACAAUAAUCAUAUUAUCAGAUCAGAGAGCUGAUGGAGCUGAGAACAAACCCAGAGGGGAGAUGAGGACUGAGAGAGAGGGAGGCUCAGCUUCCUGCUUCAUAAUAAUAAUCAAAAUUAUAAUAUUAAUGAUAAAAAUAAUAACAAUAAUGAUAAUCAUGAUAAUCAUGAUGAUAAUCACAGGUUUUAUUUAAAUCACCCAAGGACACCUUACAAACUCAGAUAAAAACUAAGGGUGAAAAAAACGACUGAGACCAUCAAAUACUCUAUACUCAUUGAUGGUGCCCCCUGCUGGCUGUUAGUGAACAGGUUUAAGGAGGAGCUGCUGAAGUCUGAGGUGAAGGUUUAAGUGUCGACUGUUGGUACACAGAGUGACUUAUGGGUCAUUUCCAUAGACUGUAUAUAAGAUGGACACCGUGGUUCCGCCUUCCGCCUGUAUACGGAUUUGAAGCCAAAAAGCUCUCGGUAAUUCCAGGUUUUUCUCCACUUCCUUGAAACCAGAGCUGUGCAGUAGCGUUGUGCGCAUUCGGCCGCGCAGUCGCCGAGAGUCCCUGUGAUGACGCUUGGCUCAAACAGCGUAUUCCCCCGGAAGAGCUACGCAAUCCCUGAACGCCCAUAGGCUGUACCAGGUGUCAAUCAUAGAAAACAUGAACCCCCUAAUAACUUUUAAAAACGGAGCUGUACAGAAAAAAGGAGGACUUGGGCACAAACCAGUCUUACAAUAACUACAUGUCAACAUCACAACCAGGGGGGAGAAAAAAUUUUGUUCUGUGUAAUACAUUUCUAAAGUUUGUCCACAGUCCCAUAAGCUUUGCUGGUGGAGGCGUCACUCACGUCUCAGAUUUUGAUGAAAUUUGGUGGACUGAUUGGCCCUCAGGAGACACUGUCAGAGCUCAAAUAUUUUUGAUCAAAGCCAUCUAAUUAGUGAGAUAGGGGCUAAUGAAUUUUUGGCUAACUAGCGUGACAUGCGUUACAAAAGUGUUCAUUUGGUCUAGAGAUAUGAACACUUUUGUAUCGUAUGUCACGCUAGUUAGCCAAAAAUUCAUUAGCCCCUAUCUCACUAAUUAGAUGGCUUUGAUCAAAAAUAUUUGAGCUCUGACAGUUUCUCCUGAAGGCCAAUCAGUCCACCAAAUUUCAUCAAAAUCUGUGACGUGAGUGGAGAUUCUUGGUUGAAUUGACAUGGAAUGACCCUUAUACAUCAGGGCUGAAACAGGACACCAGGCUGUGUGUGUGUGUGUGUGUGUGUGUCACAGAGUGUUCCCCCAUCUCAGGUGUCUCCUCAGGUCAUAAUUAAGGUGUUUAGUAAUCAUGUGGUUUUGAUGAGCAGCACCAGGAUCAGGUCUACAUGUACAUGAUCAACCUUCUGUCUGGUCUCUGCAGGUCUGCUGGCCUCCCCUCACUCGGCUCCUGGAAACCUUGACCACAGCAAGAACAGUGAGAACCGAAUGAACGGAGGGAGCCGAGAAAACAGCACGGUGGACUUCAGCAAGGUGAAUUCUGGGACUGAACUCUUAUCUCAGCAACACGAGUAACACCGUUUAACACAGCAACCACCAUAUGACAAUGAGUUUUACUUCCUUUAGCUUCCAUACAUUGUAUUUAACAGCCUAUUUGUGUUUGAGGAAACCCCCUCCCACAAGUAAACAUCCAAUCACUGUGCGCUCUGCUGCAGGUGGAGUCUCUCUUGUUAUGUCUAAUGAGCUCAGAGUCACUAGCCCCGUUUACAUGGGUCCAAAAAUUCUAUUUACAAUCAGAUUGAAAGGUCAAUCAGAUUCAAAAUGUCUCAUAUAAAUACCGUUGCCAAUCUGAUUCACCCAGAUCUGAUUGUAUUUUGGGUCGGAUUGUAAGAGGUAGUCUACGCAGAUUGAUAAUCCGCUCCAUGCUCCAUAUAUACGGCUGAGUGAAGUGGAUUGGGUUUACAGAGAGGCUUGUUCGGUCUGCACACGCGCUCCGUAGUACGUAAGAGGCACGUAGUGACGUACGCAGAGCGCGCCCAAAUGAAAACAAACAUGGCAAACAAACAGAAAAACUGGACGGUGGAGGAGACAAACUUUUACUGCAAAUAAAUGUAACCACAACACAAUAAGCGUCCCCAACAAAACACGAUGCAGAUCCAUCUUUCUACAGGUAAACAGGAAGCAGGAAGUGCACCUCUUCUUCUUACACAUUUGCAGGUAGUGGCAGAGUGACCUUCUGCGCAUGUAAAAAAAACCAAUACAAUCGGACUCAGCUGGGGCCAUGCAAACGCGGAUUGAACGUGGAUCUCUUUACUUAAAGUUCAUGUAUACAGAUGGAAUCAGAUUCACUUAAUCUGAUUGAUUUCAAUCAGAUUCAGGAAAACUACCCAUAUAAACGGGGCUGCUGUGAUUGGCUGACAGUUGAACCUGUGUGCACAGGUGUCCGUCCUGGUUUCCCUCCUCUUUGAGUCUGACUGUACAGGAAACUUUAUUUCACUCGUCUUUGUCCUAAAAUCACGAAAUGACCCUUUUAAAAAAAAACCUCCAGUUAAAAACCUGUGCUUUUUGGCGGGUGACUCCUUUAUUUCUCAGCAGGACUGCAACUGUGUUUGUUUGCUGCCGACGGCCAGCAGAAAGCCCGCUGUAAGUCCGCCCACCUGUCAAUUACCUGCUGUGGACCAAUCAGAGAGCUCCCUGUGCUGUGGCUCGUCGUGAUGCUGCAUGUCGUUGUUGUCGUUGUUGUCGUUGUUGUCAGUGUGACUCUGAGUCCUCCAUCAGGGGCCUGUACUACGAAGCAAGUUCAACCUAGCGAGGUAGCCUUGGAGCUACCUCGCUCAACUUAGCGCGGUAGCCAGCGGUCUCGCUAAACGGUCUUACGACGCUGGUUAUCAACCUCGUAAGUUGAUCCAGCUUUGCUAUGAGCGCGUGCAUGCAUGUAAGGCGGAGCCCGCCGCAUCUGACCAAUCGCUAAUAUGGACCAGUGUGGAGUGUCAGAGCAGGCCGGAGAGCGAAGGACCGCGUACUUUACAAACGAGGAGCAGGAGACGAUCAUGAGAAAGUAUGAAGAAUUCAAAUAUAUCAUAAACCUCAAAAGCAACACCGUCGCCGCUGCAAAAGCACAGAAGGAAUGCUGGCAGAAAAUUAAUCUUUGAUGCCAUUGUCACCCUGAAAUAGCACUGUUCAACAUGCGCUUUUAACUAAGGUGACCAGACGUCCCUGAUUUCCGGGGACAGUCCCCGAAUUGGAUGAUCUGUCCCAGGCUAAAGCUGUCCUUGGAGCAGGUUAGCCGUUCAGCGUAUGUUGCCAUGGAGACUCGCCUCGCUAAGAAGUGAACCCGCGUCGUAGAACAGGAAACCCCGAACUUACUUUCGAAGUUACCUCGCUAAGCAGUAAUCCUGCUUCGUAGAACAGGCCCCAGCUGUUGUGUCUCAGUGUUUGAAUGUUUGUGGAGAUGAUUCUGACCUUGGCGGGUUCGUCCUGAUUUUAGAUCGGACCUGGUUUGGCUGUCGCUGCUGCAUCGACACGUCUUUGUUGGUUCUUUGUGGAUGUUUGUGAUAGUGAGACCAGCUUUAAAGGUCCCCUAUUGUGGCAAUUUGACAUUUGUUGUCUAAAACAAGUUAUUUGUAGAGAUCAGCCAGCCUGUACCCCCCCCUGUUUUUGAGCUCCACUGAGAACGAGCUGAUUCUGCGCCUGUACCUUUAAAUGAUAAUGAGCUGUGUGUAAACAUCUUCCUCCCCAAGGCCACUCUUAGUUGCCGGCACCGCCGCGGUGGUCCAGGAGCGGUGGUCUGGAGAUCUUCUAGGGACCUCUUUAGAGGACCUCCAGACCACCGCGGCUAGAAGCACCAGCCUGCCUCCACACCCCUAAGGAACACCCGCUGCUCACGGGAGUAAAAGUAAAUGGUAGCGAGUCCGAAGACGAACACCAACGAUGGUAAACACACGCGAUUGCAGCCAGAGGACUAGUCAUACGGGCGGCGGUAAAGCAACAUAAAAUGAUAAAACUUAAAGGAUCCAGGUUUUAUCUUCAGCUUCCGAGUGAAUCCAGCUUUGAACUGCUCCUCGUUGGUAAAACAGUCCGUGGUGAAAUGGUUAGCACACACGUACAACAUUUUCAGAGUUGUUGUGGGUACAUUUCCAUCAACAAUAAAAUGAAUCCACUGGGUCCUCAAAUCUUCCAGUAAUAGACUUCUGUCUUUGUUUGUACAGCCAAGAAUCACACAGCGUCUGGAUCGUAGCUUCGACAUGGUUGUUGUCCCGGAGCAGCAUAUGUGAGGAGAAAAAAUGGCGGACGCUACCUCAGCAAAGAAGUUUUAGAGGGCUGGGCUAACGAUUAUCAGGGCCCUUAUGCGGUUAUGUCGUCAUAAACGCACAGUUCUAUGAUUGACACCUGAUACAGCCUAUGGGCGUUCAGGGAUUGCGUAGCUCACCCAGGGGAUACGCGGUUUGAGCCGAGCGUCAUCACAGUGACUCUCGGCGACUGCGCGGCCGAAUGUGCGUAUCGCUACUGCGCAGCACUAGUUUCAGGAAAUGAAGAAAAAUCCCGGAAAUAUCGAGAGCUAUUUUGCUCCCAAUCCGUAUACAGGCAGUAGGCAGAACCAAGUUGUCCAUAGUAUAUACAGUCUAUAACUCAACCGGACAUUGGCAAUAAAAGGCGUGCAGACAUCAUACUGCCAACACUUGAGCGUAGAAGUAUGUAAGGUGACGGUCAUGAUGGUCAUGAUGGUGGUCGACAGUAAGUCUUGGUGUGUGAGGUGUUUUUAGUUUUUAGACUGCUGUGAAUCAGAUAUGAAAACAGAGUUUAAAUUUGAGCACAAUUAAAAAUAAGAAUGUUUUAAAGAUGUGAUGAUCAGAUGUAGGGUUAAUGAACACAGAAGUUUAUAGAAAACUGUUUAAAUCUGAAGUUUAAUUUUCACAGUUCAGUCAGAAGAGAGCAGAGUUUCAGGACUGCACUGGAGAAAACAACAGAUGAAGCUGCUGCUGCCCCCUACAGGCAGAAGCUCUUAUUACAGCCUCAGAAUGGUAUUUAAUGCUGUGUGUGUGUGUGUGUGUGUGUGUGCGCGCGUGUGCGUGUGUGUUUCAGGUGGACAUGAACUUCAUGAAAAAGAUCCCUCCUGGUGCAGAAGCCUCCAACGUGCUCGUCGGUGAAGUCGAUUUCCUUGAGCGACCGAUCAUUGCCUUCGUGCGUCUGUCCCCUGCCAUGCUGCUGACUGGCCUCACAGAGGUCCCCGUGCCCACCAGGUGAACCCCACACACACACACACACAUACACACACACUCUCACAUACACACACGCACUCACAUACACACACUCGAAGACUCCUCUGAUUUCUCGGUUUGACUCUCUUCUUCUGGUCUGUUCAGGUUCCUCUUCCUGCUGCUCGGCCCGUUUGGAAAAGGUCCUCAGUACCACGAGAUCGGCCGCUCCAUGGCCACUCUGAUGACAGAUGAGGUAACAGCGAGGUUCAUGGCAAAGAGUCACGGCCUAGCGUUUAAGACUAGCUCCGCCCCUUUGAUGAGCGAUCAGGCACACAGACAGGGUGGACUUUCCCACAUCAGAAAGCUGAUUUUAGAGACUCGGACCCACAGACCCCUACCUUUUUUAAUGUGUGUGUGUGUGUCUGUACCCACCGUAUGUCGGUGACUCUCGGCCGUCCUCUCUGUCCGAACGGUCCCGGCGUUUCCGGUGAUGUCGGUGUCCUCGGUGACGGUGCCGCCGUCGACUCUGUCGGCCCAGAGCGACGUGAACGCCGACAUAGACCGCUCGGUGACCUGAGGACAGAAAGUUCAUCACUUUGACUCAAACUUUUCCUCGUCUGCUGAAAAAAUGUCCAGAAAUAACAGAAAAUAUCAUCUGAAGGUUUUAAUCUGAGGUUGAAAAUCUGCUCUGUGUUUAUUUAUGAGUGAUUCAGGAUUUUUGUUCAUUUAGACUUUUGGUGAAGUCGUUGUUCUCUGCCGUUCUGCUGACUGUGAAGUUCUUUCACUGACUGUUUUAUUUGUUUUGUAUUCUUUUUAUGAAUGUUUUAUUUUCGUCGUUUCUGUUUUUUUAAUCUAAAUUUGACAUUAAAAUAUUUCUUUACCGACAGGAAGUCAGUUUUUUUUCCGCACACACGCUCGUCACUCUGUUCCUCUCCGUCUCCUAGAUCUUCCAUGAUGUCGCCUACAAAGCCAAGGACAGGAACGACCUCCUGUCAGGGAUUGACGAAUUCCUGGACCAGGUCACCGUACUUCCUCCAGGCGAGUGGGACCCCAGUAUCCGCAUCGAGCCCCCGAAGAGUGUCCCGUCUCAGGUGGGUUCAGUUCAAGACCCCGUCCUGAGGUCCAACAGAGAAGAUCUUUGGUGUUCAUGAAGUUAGAGAAGAUGUUUCCUCAUGUCUGACCUGAGAUCAGCUCUCUGUCCUUGUCCUCUGUGUCUCUGCAGGAGAAGAGGAAGAUGCCUUCAGUCCCUAAUGGCUCCGCCCACAGCUGUGACAUGGUCAAAGAGGUGGAGCAUCAGACCGGACCAGAGCUGCAGAGGACCGGGAGGUGAGAGUUCCUGCUGGGUCACGAAGCAGACCCUCCAUUAUGUCAACUUUAAGACCUCCUGAAAUGCAGGACUGAUUUCCUGUCCUCCGUCUCCCCGGCAGGAUCUUUGGUGGUCUGGUGAACGACGUGCGGAGGAAAGCGCCCUUCCUGUGGAGUGACAUCAGAGAAGCCCUCAGCCUGCAGUGUUUGGCGUCCGUCCUCUUCCUGUACUGCGCCUGCAUGUCGCCCGUCAUCACCUUUGGAGGACUGCUGGGAGAAGCGACUGGAGGAAGUAUCGUAAGUAACUGGACCGACCCACGAGAAACCUCUUAAAGGAGCAGUCCCACAUUUUUACACCCCUCUAUGUCUCUGGUAGAGUACCAUAGAGUCUCUGUUGGGGGCGUCUCUAACCGGCGUGGCGUACUCCAUGUUUGCUGGUCAGCCUCUCACCAUCCUGGGCAGCACUGGUCCAGUCCUGGUCUUUGAGAAGAUCCUGUACAAGUUCUGCAGGUGAGAAACCAUAAAGUCUAGCUGAAGCUCUCUUGAUGGAGUCUGGGGGUUAAAGGGUUAAACUAACAGUCCGGUUCUGGACCGGAGCACUCCCUUACCCCUAAUUUUCACUGCAUCCGGAACGGCUCCCAUCCAGAAUGUCCGCCAAUUCCUACCAGAUCUGUUUGUGAGGCGAAUUCCGUGGCGGAUUACAGACAGUAGGAAUUGUGAGAACUCACAAGAACCUGCGGAUUCAUGUGCAAAUGUGCGAUAACGAGUUGUCUAUAAAGACAGACACAUAGACAUAUAAGCAGUAGAUUGUGUCCUUCCAGAGGAGGAAAUCUACUUCUAGACUGACUAGAAUCAGCAUCUCCUCAUCCAUGGUGUCAUGGGGGUGAAAUGAAGUCUAAAAACCUUUCACUUGUUUGUCUCCGCCCAUUUGCAGGGUGAAAUACGAUCCUCCUGAAACACGGAGUGUUUUAUUUUGAAAAGAAGCCGGACGUUUUAUUUUGUGUCUGUGCCCGACUUCCUUUCCAGCACGGGUAAAACUAUGCUGAAUUUAUCCGGCAUGCUCCGGCGUCCGGAAAAAAAAGAACUCUUGCGAUCAGCUGCAGAGUCCGGUGAUCCACAGAGGAAUGGAAAGAAGUCGGUGGAAAUUGACAUGUUAACUUGAAUGGUUAUGAUCAGCUACGAUCGGAGGGUACAACCUUUUAGUAGCCGUUAAGGAUGAAGGUGGAAAUUGGGGGUAACUCCCUUUUGGAAAUGACAGUUGGACUUACUUGGUUGGGACUCGGUAAGUCCAACUGUCCUUUCAUCAAAGAGUUGGAAAUCAUAGAUGCUGCAUCCUCAGUUUAAGACAAUAUCAGUUCAGGUUGCGGUGGAAAUUGGGGGUUACUCACGCCUCCUGUUGUUGGAGUGACGGUGGCCUCUGACCAUGAAAACUGUGAAUCUGUUUAAACUCUAAAGCUGCAGCUUCAGCGGGCGCCUGUCUCAGGCUCUGGCGCCCCCUGCUGGACAGGAACAGGAACUCUGGGUGACAUAAUUUCAGCCCCAGACUUGGGUUUAUAAGAAUAAUGCGAUAAAAAUGGGGUUAAGUCAGAGCCAAGGGCGACCGAUGAAACGUUGUUGUUCUUCUGUUGGAGGUCACGGGUCGCCGGUUGUUUCGAGGAUCAGCUCUGAUAGAUUUGGGUUCAGUGUGAAUCUCCAUCGUUUGAUCCCGAGGAUUACAAAAGCUCUAGUGUGAUAAAAUCAGGUUCGAUAAGACUUCCAUAAAUCCUCGUUAUUUAAGCAGCUGACGUCAUCUCUGUGUUUUCGAUGUUAAAACUCGAUUAUUUCUCUGAAAAUAUGUCAGCGUCUAUGGAGAUUCCCGCCAUCAUGUCAUCAAAUGAGCCGCAAAAAGCCGGUCUUUGUGGGUCAGGAACACCAGAAUCUUGUUUUUCUGUGAAAUUAAUGUUUUUAUAUUUAAACUGUCAGAGGAGAAGCCUCUGAUAAUCCUCCUAAACAUUUAGAAAUGAUUUCAGUCCAAUAUAAUAUAGACCAGGGGUCGGCAACCCGCGGCUCUGGAGCCGCAUGCGGCUCUUUCCUCCCUAAGCUGCGGCUCCCAAAGGAUUUGGAAAAUAAAUAAUAAAUACUUAAUUGCAUUUUAUUUUAUUUUAUUAUUAUUAUUUUUUUUGUAAUUCUAAAUUCAAAGAUUAUAAUGCUCUUGUAACAUUAAAUAAACUAUUAAGGCUGCAACAACGAAUCGAUUAAGUAGAUUAGUCGUGACGAAAAAAUCCGUUGCCAACAAAUUCUGUAAUCGAUUCGUCGGGUCUUUAUAUAUGUUCAUGGACACCGGCGUGUAAACAUCAGCAGGACGCACAGAAAAGAAACAGCCAUGGCCGAGGCAGCGGCUGAGAAAAACAUGGACACAACCCAACCCAAAUCCCGACCUAAAACAUCAGUGGUGUGGGAAAACUUCACCAAGACUGAAAAGGAAGGCGUUCAGUGCAACAUUUGCAAAGCCUGUUUUGCAUGGCACGGGAGUACAUCGAUGAUGCGUGAGCACAGGGCUCUCAAGUCUCAUGCAUUCAGCGUAUGACACACGCAUUCCCACUCGUUCACACGCUCACACACCACACAUUGUAUUUCUCACGCACUCAAAUGAACACGGUGAUGUCCACCAAGUUGCACCUCUUUAACUAUGGAACAGGGAGAAAUGAGCUGAGUUUCUCCGAGAGUUCAGAAGCUGCGUGCCACACACAAGCCAAUCAAAUAAAGUAUAUCUACCGAACAGCCAAUCAAAAAGCAGCAUUGCUGUAUCCGGGUAGAUUUUGAUAUCUUGCGGUUUAACUACAGAAGAAGACAGACACUCGCCGAAAUAGUCCAUUUAUUUCAUAAAUGCAACUCGCUACAGUUUUUUAUAUACUUUGUAUAAAGGUAAAAAAAAAAAAGAUAUAUGCAAUGUUAUCUUCAUUUUAGAUGUCAAAGAGGUUUUGUGGCUCCCUGUGUUUUCUUUUCUGUGGGAAACUGGUCCAAGUGGCUCUUUGAGUGUUUAAGGUUGCCGACCCCUGAUAUAGACAAAGGGAUCUAUUUAAAAGAACAGAGCUCUGUAUUAGAGUAGAGUUACGGUGAAUACAUGUGCCAAAGUUACAGACAGGUUACUUCAUCUGUGGUGAUUUCAAUAUUGAUCUGCUAAAUCCAAACAAGCACAAAAUCACUGACGAAUUCAUUAACAUGAUGUAUAGUAUGGGCUUAUAUCCAAAAAUCACCAGACCCAGCAGAAUCACAUCCCAUUGUGCCACCCUAGUUGAUAAUAUAUUCACCAAUGACAUUGAAAAUAAGACAGUGAGUGGACUACUAAUCAAAGAUAUCAGUGAUCACCUACCAAUUUUUACAGUCUAUGACAGCAACUACAAGACAAAUCAGCCAGAUGAAAAGCCUCAAUACAGACGAGUGAGGACAGAGGAAACCGUGAGUGCAUUAAGGAAUGAAUUGCUAGCACAAAAUUGGGAAAUUGUAAACAGAGAAAACGAUGUUGAUCAUGCAUAUGAGUCAUUUUUAAGAAUUUUCACGUCUUUGUAUGAUAAAAACUGUCCGACAAAACAAUACAGUAGAAAACAAAAAUACACAGAUCGACCAUGGAUUACAAAGGGAUUACAAAAUGCCUGUAAGAAGAAAAAUACACCUUAUAGAGCAUUCAUAAAACAAAGAACUAAAGAGGCCGAACACAAAUAUAAAACAUAUAAAAAUAAGUUAACUAAUAUUAUAAGGGUAUGUAGGAAAGAAUAUUUAUUGUAAAAUAUUACACAAUAACAAAAACAAUACUGAAGGAUUACGGGACAUAUUAAAUAGUAUUAUUAAAAGUGGCUCCAGACAGCAAAGUUACCCUCAAUAUUUCAUUAAUAACAACUUUAAAAAGGACAAUAAGGAAGAGGUGAUUAAUAGUUUUAAUGAUUUCUUUGUGAGUGUUGGACCAAACCUGACAGAAAAAAUCCCUAACCCAUGGUAAUCUGAGGUUUCGAAUGACAACCUUAUAGAUAGGAACCCCAGCUCAAUGUUUCUUACAGCAGUGGAUGAAAAAGAAAUAAUAGAUAUUGUAAAUAAAUGUAAAUAUAAAACAUCUACUGAUUGUAAUGAAAUUGAUAUGAAAAUUGUAAAAAUGGUCAUAAAGGGGAUUUCAGAACCACUAACAUACAGAUGUAAUUUAUCAUUCCAAACUGGUAAAUUUCCUAACAAAAUGAAAAUAGCGAAAGUUGUGCCGCUGUAUAAAACUGGGGAUAGACACCACUUCACAAAUUACAAGCCUGUCUCAUUACUUCCACAAUUCUCUAAAAUAUUGGAAAAACUAUUCAAUAACAGACUAGAGAAAUUCAUAGAAAAGCACAAAUUACUUUCUGAUAGUCAAUAUGGAUUCAGAACAAACAGCUCAACAUCACUUGCACUAAUUGAAUCAAUUGAGGAAAUCACAAACACAAUAGACCACAAACAGUAUGCAGUUGGAGUAUUCAUAGAUCUUAGAAAAGCUUUCGACACAAUUAAUCACAACAUAUUAAUCAAAAAAUUGGAACAAUAUGGGAUCAGGGGGGUAGUAUUGCAUUGGGUGAGAAGUUACUUAGAAGACAGGAAAAUAUUCGUGAAGUUGGAUGAACAUACAUCAUCAUGCUUGGACAUUGCUUGUGGCGUCCCCCAGGGGUCAGUUUUGGGUCCUAAACGGUUUAUCCUUUAUAUAAAUGACAUUUGUAAGGUAUCAAAAAUAUUUAAAUUAGUAUUGUUUGCUGAUGACACCAAUAUUUUUUGCUCUGGGGGUGAUUUAAAUGAGCUACUGGAGACAGUCACUGCAGAAAUGUGCAAAUUAAAGCGUUGGUUUGACAGAAACAAGUUAUCAUUAAAUUUAGAUAAAACUAAGUUCAUGUUAUUUGGUAAUUGUAGUAGGGAUACUCAAGUGCAGGUGCAAGUAGAAGGUGUGGAUAUUGAAAGAGUUCAUGAAAAUAAGUUUCUUGGUGUAAUAAUAGAUGACAAAAUAAACUGGAAAUCUCACUCAAAACAUGUACGUAACAAACUGUCAAGCAGCAUCUCAGUACUCAGCAAAACAAAACAUAUCCUGGACCACAAUUCACUCCACAUUCUCUAUUGUUCACUGGUUUUACCAUAUUCAAAUUACUGUGCAGAGGUUUGGGGCAAUACUUACAAAUGUACACUACAAUCACUAUCAAUACUGCAAAAAAGGGCCAUAAGGAUAAUUCAUGAUGCCGGUUACAGAGAUCACACAAAUAGACUAUUCUUGAAAUCAAACAUACUAAAAUUCUCGGAUCUGGUUCACUUUCAAACAGUACAAAUUAUGUACAAAGCAAUAAAUCAUCUGCUUCCUGGAAAUGUUAAAAAAUUGUUUUUUAACAGAGAAGGGGAUUAUAAUUUGAGGGGGGUGAACAAUUUAAAACAUCCUUGUGUCCGCACAACACUAAGAAGGUUUUCCAUUUCUGUACGUGGAGUGAAGCUGUGGAACGGGUUGGGUGCGGAGCUCAAGCAAUGUCAUGGUUUUCACAGGGUACAGGGAGAAUGAAGGGCUUUGUUGAUCAUCAGGUGUUUUUCACAGAUCAUUUAUUCACUUGUUUAUUGUCGUUGUCUGUAAAUAUGAACUUAUGUAAAUAUGCAUAUUGAUGAGGUAUUGGUAUACACAGAACUGCUGACUAUUAAUUAUUGAGAAAGGAGAGGGGUAGGAUUAAAUAGGCAUUUCCUUCUUCCUACUCCUUUUCGGACAUGUUAACAUUGUUUUGCUGUUUUGACUAUUUUGAUUUGGGUUAUCAUGGGUUUAUCAUGUCCGAAAUAAAGCCUUCAAUCAAUCUACGCUGUCUCAGCUGUUUCAUGGUGAACCUGAAACUUUCAAACACUCAGAAACUGUUUUUAUUUUUCAAACUUUUAUUUAUUUCAGUUGAACUGAACUCUCCAGUUUUCAGGAAAUGACGCACACAGAGUCUCUGUGAGCGACGAAGCUUUUUUAUUGGACAUGAUUUCAGCAGUUGAGGUUUUCACGGUGGUUCAUGAUCGAGAAAUCAAACUCGUUCAGGUCAUUUUGAGGUAAAUUUUUGGAUCAGGAGGGUCGGAGGUCGGUUUGCGGCAUCUGAUUGUUGAUCGUUGGUCAUCCUCACAUGGGGAACAGCAGAAAGCCGCUGAAGGUGCUGUGAUGGUUGCUGUUGUCCCAGAUCUGCGUGUUGUGCCACAGCUGCAUGGAGAGCGUGUCGCCCUGCUCCAGCAGCAGGGGGGCGCCGUUGGACGCAGUGUCGCUGCCCUGGCCGGACUCCUGCUCAUGGGCAAUCAGCAGGAUCUGGUCGUUGUUUUUGUAGAGCACGGCGCUCAUGGGGAAGUCGGUGGGGGCGUUUGCGGUGAAGCGGACGUAGUAGACUCCACGGAUGGGGGCGGUGAACACACCUGGAGGGGAGGGGUUAAAAGAGGCGUGGUCAGACUCAGAGGUGUUAGUAUUUACUGUCUGUUGACUUAGAGUAGAUCUGUGGUCACCAACCGGUCUCAGAGUUGUAGACCUGUCCAAUGUUGGUCAGCACGUCUCUGUAGAUAAGUGUUUUACUUCCUGAGGUCGUCUUCUGUAGACCAUUACCCAGAGAAAGAGCAAACGCCACCUUUGGUACGUCUGCAGGGAAACGGAAACAGAGCGAUGAACAAAGUUUGAGUUCAUGAGGCAGUUUGACCAACUUCACCGAACAAAAUAACAGAGAGGUAAACGUGCGGUCAGAGACGGGAUUAAUCCUGAGAAACUUUUGAGACUCUGAGAUUAUCCAGGUUUAAAAAUAUGAACCUUUAAGUCUGUUUAAAAACAUGGAGGUUAGACCUCCACGGAAGAAGAAGAAGAAGAGGGAAAAGAAAGUUGAAGAAAGUUGAAGAAGAAGGUUGAAGAAGAAGAAGAAAAAAAGAAGGAAGUUACAGAAGAAGAAGAAAGUUGAAAAAGAAAAAGUUGCUGAAGAAGAAGAAAGUUGAAGAAGAAGAAAAAGAAGAAAGUUGCAGAAGAGGAAAGUUGAAGAACAAAAAGAAGUUGCGAAAGAAGAAGAGGAAGAAAGUUGAAGAAGAAAGUUACCGAAAAAGAAGAAAGUUGAAGAAGAAAAAGUAAGUUGCAGAAGAAGAAAAAGAAGAAAGUUGCAGAAGAAGUAGAAAGUUGCAGAAGAAGAAAAAGAAAGCUGCGAAAGAAGAAGAAAGUUGAAGACAGUUGAAGAAGAAGAAAUUAGGUGAAGAAGAAGAAAGUAGGUGAAGAAGAAGAAGAAGAAGAAGAAGAAGAAGAAGAAGAAGAAGAAAGUAGGUGAAGAAGAAGAAGAAAGUAGGUGAAGAAGAACUGGAAGAAGAAGAAAGUAGGUGAAGAAGAACUGGAAGAAGAAGAAAGUAGGUGAAGAAGAACUGGAAGAAGAAGAAAGUAGGUGAAGAAGAACUGGAAGAAGAAGAAAGUAGGUGAAGAAGAACUGGAAGAAGAAGAAAGUAGGUGAAGAAGAACUGGAAGAAGAAGAAAGUAGGUGAAGAAGAACUGGAAGAAGAAGAAAGUAGGUGAAGAGGAAGAGGAAGAAGAAGAAGAAGAAAAAAGUAGGUGAAGAAGAGGAAGAAGAAGAAGAAGAAGAAAAAAGUAGGUGAAGAAGAAGAAAGUAGGUGAAGAAGAAGAGGAAGAAGAAGAAGAAGAAAGUAGGUGAAGAAGAAGAAAAAGAAGUAGGUGAAGAAGAAGAAGAGGAAGAAGUAGGUGAAGAAGAAGAAAGUUGAAGAAGAAGAAGAAGAAGAAAGUUGGUGAAGAGGAAGAAGGUUGAAGAAGAAGAAAGUAGGUGAAGAAGAAGAAGGUUGAAGAAGAUGAAGAAGAAGAAAAAGAGGAAAGUUGCAGAAGAAGAAGAAAGUUGAAGAAGAAGAAAGUUGAAGGAGAAAGUUGAAGAAGAAAGUUGAAGAAGAAGAAAAAGAAAGUUGCAGAAGAAGAAGAUGAAGAAAGAUGAAAAAGAAGAAGAGAGUUGAAUGUUUCAGCCUGUUAGCUUCCUGCUAACAUGCUGAUUGUUUUGGUACAUGAUGUCGUCGGUCAGUCCAGAGUAAUUAAUGUAGUAAUGAAUUAAAAGAGGGCACCUUGCCACCUGCUGUAGCGGAGGCAGAAUUACUCUGAUCAAUAUUUCCCUACUGAUGACCAGGACAAAAACCCAAGUCUCUUCAAACUUUCUGAUGACCUUUGACCUGUGUGGUAAACAGACUGAAGAGUUUAGAGAGAAAAUAACUAGAUCAGAAUAUUCAGAGACUCACCCUUCAUGGUCUUCAGCUCCUUCGCUGUGGACUCCAGUCUGUCCUUUAGACCUGCAAACACACAAAACCAUCAGACACUUAUGAGGGCCUGAGUCUGUGUUAGAUCAGGUCAGGUCUGGGGUGAAGACUACUACAGGGAGACUGUAGUCUGAGCAUCAUCAUAUUGUUGUCUAGUUUCUGCUCAGAGACUCUUAUGAGCUGAUAGAGACGUAAACUACGAGGAGCUGAUUCAGAAAGAGCAGAAAUCACUUGAACCAACAAAAGCAGAACUUUGGUCCAGAAUUCAGAGUGUAGAUGUUCAGUCUGAAGAUCAGUGGGGGUCCAUGAAGGUCGGCGUGUGACACCACAGUGAGAAACAGGAGAAGAAGAAAGUGAGUCUUACUCUGGUUCUCAGUCUGGAGGAGUUUCAUCGAAGCCUGAAGUUUCUUCAGUUCAGUUUCAGGGUCAAACUCUGUCGGAGCUUCAUCCACCCUGUAACACACACACACACACACAAACACACACACACACACACACACACACACACACACACACACACACACACACACACACACACACACACACACACACACACACACACACAAGGGGUUUUAGUCCAAAAUGAGCAUAGAUCUGUGUGUAAUGGAGCUGCAGCUUACAUAAGGAGGUUUUAUCCACAAAGUUUUCCACUGACAGAGAUUAAAGAGACCUAUGUUAAUUUAGGCUCCACUGUUUACUGAUUACACAAGAAGGUCAGACCUGGAUUUAGGGCCUGCUUAAAAAAGUCGAUUUUCAGAAAUAUUAGAGUGCAAAUAUCGACCCCGCUGUCCCAUGAUGCACCACUCAGUCAUUAAGUGGUCUGUCAGUUCUGGUCCAGUGCUGUGUCCAAAUUGCCAAGUAGUAGUCGAAGUAGUAUGUAGCAUGUCCGAAUUGGCCACCGGAGCGAGUAGCAUGCUACUUCAGAUACUACUUCAGAUACUAGACACGCCCACAUUGCAGUAUGGUCGCGGUGCAUCCUACGGGCAUGCUACUGACCCAAAAUGCACCGCGGGCUUCUUCUUCGUCUUCUUAAAAGUUGUAGAAGCGCAUGUGAUGCUAGCACCACCAGCUGCUGUCUAUUUAGAUGCGUUGCAAACGCCGGCUGGCCACAGCAGCGCGCACCAUGGCGGAGCAGCAGCAGCAGGCAGGACUGCAGCAGUACAGAUGUAAGUCUCAUGUAACUUCACACACUGUCCUAAAAAAUGUGCGGUUGUAUCUCUUUGUCAUGUCAUGGUGUCAUAUUUGCCCAAGUAAUCAUUUUACGAGCAAAUAUGUGGCGACAUCAUGGAGGUAAAGCUCACUUAUUCCAUCAUUAAACUGCACAGCUGCACUAAUCAGGCAGAUCUCAUUGAACAAACGAUCACCACGUGAGUGAAUGAAGGCUAAAAGUAAUGGAAAAGCUACUUUGUGAAUUUUUAAAGCAGUGCAGGAAUAUAAUACAGCAGCAUCCAUCACUUGCACAAUAAUAUUCAAAGAGUCAAAAACUGUCUGCACGGGCACAGUACCUACUCUCUGCCUGUGGGGGUCGUCUUUCCCCACCACUCGUUUAGUGUGUCCGAAUUGGGCCAACGUGUUUAGUAUGUAGGAGUAGGAUCCCGCAGUAGUAUGUAGCAGUAGUAUGUAGUAUGCGAGCGGGCAAUUCGGACGCAGCACAUGUCUGCAGGGUCUAAAUCAACUCUGUGACUCAUCAGUCCAGGUGGGAGGAUAAUUAAAAACCAGCUGAUCAUUUUUUUACCAUCUUUAGUUUAGAGAGUCGAGCAGACAGCAGAGACCAAAACUGUAGCUACACCAGAACCACGUAAACCCUCUGCAAAGUCCUGUCCUUUUAAAUAACUCUCCUGGUACAGAUGUUUUGGACUCUGAUCCUGUUUGGUUUCCUUAAAGUUUUGAAGCUCGUUCAACAGAAACUGAAUUAUCUACAACUUUAGUCCAACCUCCCACAAUUCACCUGGAGUCCCACCACCUGCCCUCACUGGUCACCUGUCCUGUCAAUCAAACAAAUACACCCUAAUGUUGCGUUCGAGUUACCUCGGAAGUUAAUUGUUGGAGCUGAAAAUGACGUCACACCUGGGUUCUCAAUGUUUUAGUUACAAAGUCGGAAAAAAGCAAAAUCAGAGGCAGAAACAAGAUGACUAUGUCUAUGAAAGUUAUUGUAGCGCUUUCCUAAUAUUCAGACAAGGCAAGCGCUAAAAUAAAUUUCGUAGAUGUAGCCAUCUUGUUUCCGCCUCCGAUUUUGAUUUUUCCAAUAUGUUAACUGGGAACUCAGAAGUCAGAAGUCAAAGCUGAAAAUGACGUCACACCUGAGUUAACUCGAACGUAACUUUUGACUGUUUUCUGAUUGUCUCUAUUGUUUUUUUUUUUUCGAACAACCACAGUCAGCCAAUCAGCAUCGUCCGUCCUCUGAGCCCCUGCUUUGGUCCUCACAUGGGGAACAGCAGGAAGCCGCUGAAGGUGCUGUGAUGGUUGCUGUUGUCCCAGAUCUGCGUGUUGUGCCACAGCACCAUCUUCAGCGUGUCGCCCUGCUCCAACAGCAGGGUGGCGCCGUUGGACGCUGUGUCGCUGCCCUCGCCAGAGACCUGCUCGUGGGUGAUUAGUUGGAUCUGGUCGUUGUUUUUGUAGAGCACAGCGCUCCUGGGGAAGUCGGUGGGUCCGUUAGAGGUGAAGCGGAUGUAGUAGACUCCACGGAUGGGGGCGGUGAACACACCUGAGAGAAGAAGAAGAGUGAAGGUUCAAAGUGAAGAUAACGGUAAUGACAUUUGAGGGAACCCGAGCCUCAUUAUCUGAUCAAACAACGUUAGCUUUAACUCACCUGUCUCUGAGUUGUAAGCUCCGCCCACAUUGGUCAGGACGUCCCUGUAGAUGAGGUCUUUGUUGCCUGUGGUGGUCUUUACCAGACCUCUGUCUCCCAGUGAGGCGGCGAACGCCACUUUGGGUGUUUCUGUGUAAAUAAGGAGAUAAUAGAUGUGAGCUUCCUGUGGGUGUUAACAGGAGGACUCUGUGAUUCUCUUUAUCCUUUAUAAUCAAUAAAUAUCUGAUCGGUUCUUUUACUCUUUCAAGACACACUUAGUCCUAAAUCUCUCUUUUAGUUUCUGACCUUUGACCUCCCUGAGCUCCCUCUCAGAGGCCUCCAGACGCAGAAUCAUCUCUGCAGACAGAAACAAAAAAACCUGAAACAUCCUGAUGAACCAUGAAGUUGAAGGUUAAACAACCCAGCGUCCCCGGGAACGAUCAGUUGCCGUCUCACCUCUUCUCUCCGCCUUCAGCUCCUCCAUGGCGGCCUGCAUCCUAUUCAGCUCGGCCCGGACAUCGACAGGCUGAGCCGAGCAGAGCCGAGCCACACACUCCAGAGCGAGCAGCAGCAGGACAGGGAGGAGGCGAGACAUGAUGAGAGACGAGGAGUAGGACGGAGAGACGGCUUUAUAUAGAGACGCUGGGUUCAGAUCAGCUGUGUGUGUUUACUCUGUGAAUGUAAACAUUAGCUGCUGUUAGAAUGCACAAAGGUCAAAGGUCAAGAAUGUGAAAACAUCCCCCUAUUUAAUCCUGCUAACAGACCUCAUGGUGGGACUGUGAGUGACAGAAAUUAUUGUCUUUGUAGGAAGAGUUAUUAAUCAUGUAAUUACAAGUUCUUAUAUGUGAUAACAGUUUAUUAAUGUGCUGCACAGAGCGCUCUGUAAACCAGCUGAGAAGGAGUCCGGUGGUCCCUCUACUCUUUAUAGAGGAAGAUGAGCAGCCGUGAUUUCCAAACAGACAGUCAGUCUGGUCUCAUUUCGGUCUCAGUCUGGUCUUAGUCUGUUCUCAUUUCAGUCUCAGUCUGGUCUCACUCCGGUCUCGUUUCAGUCUCAGUCUGGUUUCUUAUCGGUCUCAGUCCGGUCUCAUUCCAGUCUCAGUCCAGUCUCAUUUCGGUCUCAGUCUGGUGUCACUACGUUCUCAGUCCAGUCUCAUUCCGGUCUCAUCUUGGUCUCACUCAGGUCUCAUUCCAAUCUCAGUCUGGUCCCAGUGAGGUCUCAGACCAGUCUCAUUCAGGUCUCAUAUUGGUCUCAUCUUGAUCCCAGUCUUGUCUCAUUCUGGUCUCAGUGAGGUCUCAGACCAGUCUCAUUUCGGUCUCAUUCAGGUCUCAGUCCCAUCUAAGUCUGGUCUCAGACCAGUCCCAGUGAGGUCUCAUUCCAGUCUCAGUCCAGUCUUAUUCUGGUCUCAUUUCAGUCUCAUUCUGGUUUCAUUUCGGUCUCAGUCCCGUCUCAGUCUGGUCUUAUUUUGGUCUCAGUCCGUCUCAUUUCGGUCUCAGUCUUGUCUCAUUCUGGUCUCAGUGAGGUCUCAGACCAGUCUCAUUUAUGUUUAUUCAGGUCUCAGUCCUGUCUAAGUCUGGUCUCAGAUCAGUCUCAGUGAGGUCGCAUUCUGGUCUUAUUCUGAUCUCAUUUCAGUUUCAUUCUGGUCUGGUUUCGGUGGCAGUCCGGUCUCAGUCCAGUCUCAGUGAGGUCUCAUUUCGGUUACGAUUAGGUCUUAGUCUGGUCUCAUUCUGGUUUAUGUCCAGCCUCCUUUUGUUCUUAGUCUGGCCUCAUUUCAGUCUCAUUCUGGUCUCAUUCUGGUCUCAGUCUGGUAUAAUUCCGGUCUCAGUCUGGAAUAAUUUUGGUCUCAGUCUGGUCUCAUUCCGGUCUCAGUCUGGUCUCAUUCCGGUCUCAUUCUGGUCUCAUUCUGGUCUCAGUCCGGUAUAAUUUCGGUCUUAGUCUGGUAUCAUUUUGGUCUCAGUCUGGUCGCAUUCUGUUCUCAGUCUGGUCGCAUUCCGGUCUCAGUCUAGUCUCAUUCAGGUCUCAGUCCGGUCUCAUUCUGAUCUUAUUUUGGUCUCAGUCCAGUCGUAUUCUAGUCUCAUUUCAGUCUCAGUCUGGUCUCAGUCUGGUCUCAUUCUGGUCUCAGUCUGGUCUCAUUUCAGUCUCAUUUUGGUCUCAGUCCGUCUCAUUUCGGUCUCAGUCUGGUCUCAAUCCAGUCUCAGUGAAGUGUCAUUUUGGUUUCAUUUCGGUCUCAGUCCAUCUCAUUUCGGUCUUAGUCUUGUCUCAGUCAGCUAUUAUUGCUCUCUUAUAUCACUAGUCUGCAGCAUCUAAGCGCACUAGCUCUAGACUCUCAACAGACUCUAGAUCAUCUCAGUUCUGCUGAUGAGCCUUAUCACCUCCACUUCAACAGCUGACUUGUUGUGAACCAGAAUCACUUGGACUUCCCAUCAUCCACCUCACAGCGGUCUGCCCUGUGUCAAUUAUUGGUGGAGUUAUUGAUCAGGUCAGUGUUGAAAUCCUGAGCAUUCUGCUCUCUGAUUGGUUGAUCCAAAGGUCAGUACGUCUUAUCUGUAUCCUGUGAGUCAAACAUACAGACUCAGUAAAUGGACUCUGUGUGUUUGUCUGAAAUAACCUCAAAGUUUCUCAGCAAGAACUUUAGUCCAAAGUUUUGGUCUCUGAAUGUGAGGGUAACAAGAGGAGCUGUGAAGGUCCAGUCAGGUCAAAUGGGCCUGGUGCUGGAUGUCGGUCAAGACUACCUGCUUAAAUAAAACUCUGUCUGUAUGUUCAGACUUUAAUAUUGACUGACAUCCAAUUUCCACCUUCAUCCUGAACGUCUACUAAAAGGUCAUAUCCUCUGAUCGUAACCAUUCAAGUUAACGUGUCAAUUUCCUCCGGCUUCUUUCUGUUCCUCUGUGGAUCGCUGGACUCCACAGCUGAUCGCAAGAGUUCUAUUUUUUCUGGACGCCGGAGCAUGGCAGAUAAAUUCAUCACAGAUUAACCCGUGCUGGAAAGGAAGUCAGACACAGACACAAAAUAAAACAUCCGGCUUCUUUUCAAAAUAAAACACUCCAUGUUUCAGGAGGAUCAUAUUUCACACCAUGCAAACGGGCGGAGACAAACAAGUGAAAGGUUUAUAGACGUCAUUUCACUCCGAUGACACCACGGGUGAGGAGAUGCUGAUUUUAGAAGUCUAGAAGUAGAUUUCCUCUUCUGGAAGAACACAAUCUACUGCUUAUAUGUCUAUGUGUCUGUCUUUAUAGAGACAACUCGUUAUCGCAUGAUUGAACAUGAAUCCGCGGGUUCUUGUGAGUUCUCGUGAUUACCGCUGUCUGUAAUCCACCUCACAAACGGAUCUAGUAGGAAUUGGCGUAUGGCGAAAAUCGCCGCUGUUCCAGAUUGGAGCCGGUCCCGGAUGAAGAGCUGCUUACGUCUGCUGACUUUUAACCUCACACUCAGAGACGUGCUGUCGCUGCAGCAGCUUGAUCAUCCUCCUCCUCUUCAGGGUCACAGUCUGGACCUCCUCUGAUUUUACUGCUCUGAUUUCCCCUCAUUAAUCAGACAGCCAAUCAGAGCAGAGCCUCAUAAUCAUACCAGCCCUGCCCACUAAGAUCACUCCCUGGAUGAUGAGGGUAGAAACUGAGAGGCUGCAGAUCCUCUGUGUGUGUGUGAUUUAGUGGUUGGAGGUAAACGUCUCUAAACCCUCCUCCUCUUGUCUCCCGUCUCCUCCUGUCCUCCCUCAGUGACUACCAUCUGUCCUACCUGUCCCUGAGGACGAGUAUCGGACUCUGGACCGCCCUCCUCUGCGUGGUGCUGGUCGCCACAGACGCCAGCUCUCUGGUCUGCUACAUCACCCGCUUCACAGAGGAAGCCUUCGCCGCCCUCAUCUGCAUCAUCUUCAUCUACGAGGCUCUGGAGAAGCUGGUUCACCUGGGGGAUGUCUACCCCAUCAACAUGCACAACCAGCUGGACAACCUCACCUUCUACAUGUAAGACUGCCGAAAACCGGGACAAAACCCGGUCAGUGGAGACUGCAUGGACUGAACUCAUGAAUCUGUUUCCUGUCCCUACCUGUCACUUCCUGUCACAGGUGUCAGUGUUCUUCACCUGCCAACGCCUCGGCUGAAGUCCAAAAGAUCUGGAUGAACAAAAACCUAACCUCAGAGAGCAUCGAGUGGGAGCAGCUUAGUGUGAAGGUCUGACCUGGAUCUCCUCAAACUGAAGUGUGUGUGUGUUUGUGUGUGUGUGCGCGUCUUUGUGUGUGUGUUAAUGUGUGUGUCUGUUUUUUAUAUUCUUUGUUGAUCAGAUUUCUCUUAAACUCAGAGGAAAAACUCUCAGAUUUGAUCAGACACUCCAGAUCACUCUUAGUUUUCCGGAGUUUUUCCGCCUCAGCAUUUUUCUGCGCUUGUUUCCUCUCUCCAACAAAAUUUAGACGGUGUCUUCAGAACUAACUUGCAGUAUUCAAGCCCUCCUUUUCUCUCUCUCUCUCUCUGCGCCCCCUCCAGGAUUGUGUGGACCUUCACGGGGAAUUUGUGGGCUCAGCCUGCAGCCAUGAUGGUCCUUACGUCCCUGACGUCCUCUUCUGGUCCGUCAUCCUCUUCUUCACCACCUUCUUCCUCUCCUCCUUCCUCAAACAGUUUAAGACCAAGAGAUACUUCCCCACCAAGGUCAGAACACACACACAAACACGCUUACUGUAUCAACAGGGGACUAUCAGCUCAGACUGACCAAAAGGGGACCCCUAUUUCUGGUCAUUUUGAUAAAACAAAAAUAUCAUAGAAAAUGAUCUUUUAAGGUCUUUUACCAUAAUAAAACUUGAAAUGUGACUUUUUUUUUUUAAUUGCCAAGAGGGGACCUGGAUCCUUAAGUGAGAUCUACCAGUCUAACAGGGACCUCCAUAUAAGGCAGUGGAGCUGUCUGAACCCAUUCACACUAAUGCUGAUGAUGAGAGCUUGUUUACCACAAAGACUUUCUUUGUUUCUUUAAAAAAUGGCUGAUUUAACCUUUAUAUGAUAAUUAUUUAUACACACACAGACACAGACACACACGCUGUUCAGAGUCUUGAUAUGGACGUGGAUCAGACAGUUUUUGUCUCUGCAGGUCCGGUCCACCAUCAGUGACUUUGCCGUCUUCCUGACCAUCAUGAUCAUGGUCUUGGUGGAUUAUCUGGUUGGUGUUCCUUCACCUAAACUCAGAGUCCCAGACCGCUUCGAGGUACAGAACCCAAGUGUGUGUCCUCUGUGUCCCACACAGAGAGAGAGAGAGAGAGAGAGAGAGAGAGAGAGAGAGAGAGAGAGAGAGAGAGAGAGAUUACAGUGAGCAUGGCUCUGUAGUAGAAGAGUCCUGCUGCUGAGGAACUGGUCUGACCUCUGACCCUGUUUUCUGCCCCCCCCCCAGCCCACCUCUAACAAUCGUGGUUGGCUGAUCUCUCCUCUGGGUACGAACCCCAAGUGGACGCUGCUGGCGGCCGCUGUUCCCGCUCUGCUCUGCACCAUCCUGAUCUUCAUGGACCAGCAGAUCACCGCUGUCAUCGUCAACAGGAAGGAGAACAAACUGAAGGUGAGGGUUAGGGGGGUCAGGGAGGUUAGUGAGGAAAAGAGAGGCUCUGAGAUGACCUCUCUGAUGACUUCUGUGAUGGCCUCUGAUGACCUCUGUGUGUGUGUGUGUUGUGUUUGCAGAAAGGCUGUGGAUAUCACCUGGACCUGCUGGUGGUGGCGGUGAUGCUUGGCGUCUGCUCCAUCAUGGGCCUGCCGUGGUUUGUUGCGGCGACCGUCCUCUCCAUCUCUCACGUGAACAGCCUGAAGCUGGAGUCGGAGUGCGCGGCGCCGGGCGAGCAGCCCAAGUUCCUGGGUAUCAGAGAGCAGAGAGUGACGGGCUUCAUGAUCUUCGUCCUGAUGGGCUGCUCCGUCUUCAUGACCUCCGCCCUAAAGGUGAGUGUCAGACCUGAGGACGCCACUGAGACAGAAAACAACCUUUGAACCUCUGAGGCGUGGUUAACUUUCUCUCUCCUCCUUCAGUUCAUCCCGAUGCCCGUCCUCUACGGAGUCUUCCUCUACAUGGGCGUGUCCUCGCUCAAAGGGAUCCAGGUGUGUCUCUGUCUGUCUCUGUGUCUGAAAAUGUCUCUGGUGUCCGUCUGUCUCUGUGUCUGUAAAUGUCUCUGAUGUCCGUUUGUCUCCUGCAGCUCUUUGACCGGCUCAAACUCUUCGGUAUGCCAGCCAAACACCAACCGGACCUGAUCUACCUGCGCUACGUCCCUCUGUGGAAGGUCCACAUCUUCACCGUGGUCCAGCUGACCUGUCUCAUCGUCCUCUGGGUCAUCAAGGCUUCGGCCGCCGCCGUGGUCUUCCCCAUGAUGGUGAGAGAGUCUGAGACGAUGGAUCAUCCUGCUCCCAGACUGGAUCAGUAGACCAGGUUCAGGUCUAAACCCUCCCUGUCCUCUGCAGGUUCUGGCUCUGGUCUUCAUUCGGAGGCUUCUGGAUUUCUGUUUUACCAAGAGAGAGCUGAGCUGGCUGGACGACCUGAUACCGGAGAGCAAGAAGAAGAAAGAAGACGACAAGAAGAAGAAGGAGAAGGAGGUCAGACAGCAGAGCUCUCAUUCAGCUUCACCUCCUUAAGUUCUAAUGAUGAUGACGGGUUAAUCAAAUCACUCAAAUCACGUUUCCAUGACACUCGAGAAAACCAAAUUAUUGCCUUACUCCGAUAAAGACCAGACAACUGAAGUGCAUGUAAACACCUCAGUCUUACUAUAAUCGGAGUUUGAGAACUCUGAUUGGAGUCGGAGAACUCCGAUUAAGACACCCAGAUAAUGUGAUUGGAAUUCAAUUUUCUCUACCAUGUAACCAGCGUAGUCAGAGUAUGGUCGGACAAUGCAUGUGCACGUACGCCGCAACCCCGGAACAAAAGCACCAGAGAAGAGGAGUAGCGUGCGUCUCAUCUGCAGCGCGUCCAUCAUGUAGGACAAAAACAACGCUGUACGAUGCUCCAUCUUCUUGCUCCAAAAUGCCCAGCAGCAGUUGUAGACACUUCUGACGUCUGACAUGGACCUGCUGAUGUUGUUGACGGUUGUACGGGGUCAGAAACAGCGCCGCUGAAAAGAUCUAUAUCACCCCCUAGUUUUGGGGAGGAGGACACGUUCACGUCAAUAAUUCAAUUUGUUCAGCUGCAUGUAUACGCGGACAAGGAGAGAAGUCCAAUUCGGCGAAAAAAACUAAUUAUGAGCUUAGUCAGAUUAAACUGUGAAUGUAAACGAACUGGGUGUUUGGUACUCCGGUUCUGGUCGGGUUGACAGUGUAAACGUAAAGAAUUGCGUUUGUUUCCUUCAGGACGCUCAGAGGAUGUUGGAGGAAGUGGAAGAUGAUCCGCCGUACAACGGAGGAAACCUCAUCGACUUCACGAUGAAAAAGAGGCGGUGAGUCUUACAUCAGUGCACACACACACACCUACACACACCUACACACACCUACACACACCUACACACACACACACACACACACACACACACACGCAUACACAAACACACACACAGCCAUGUUUGUUUUUUACCUCUGAGUGUGUCCGCCUCUGCAGAGUCGACCCCUCUGAGGUCAACAUCUCCGAUGAAAUGGCAAAAAGCGGCAUUUGGAAGUCGGUGGCGAUGAACUCCGACAGCAGCAAAGGUCUCAAACGAAGCAACAGGUACCUAAUGACAUCAUCAGCUGAGGCUCUCUGUGAUUGGUCGUCUCACUCUUAGGCAGCUUAUUGUUGAUUUUCUCUCAGCUGAAACCUUUGGUGUCCUUUCAGAAUAAAAGCACUGAUGUUCUUUAACCGUAACUGUAUCGUACUGUGAGGUUAACGUGUCGUUACAGUCCUGAACCUAAAGUCAAUAACAUUCAAAUCAAUCCGCUUUAAAGAUAACCUUUUUCCCUCCUCACUGUCAAACAUGUUGAUAUAAAAUAAGAAAUGAGACGCCAUCUUUGUUUCCGUGUCCGCAGUAUGGAGAAGCUACCGAGCGUGGAGAUAAAGGUGGAGAACGAGGACGGAUGGAAGGUGGUGGCCAGUGAGACGUUUCUAUGAUGCCUGGCUGCUCUCCACCACCAGGCGGCGCUGCCUGAAGAAGAGGAGGCUGAUGCUGGUGUCACCAUCGCCCUCCAUGUCCUCUAGACUGAGGUGAAAGGUCACGGGAGGACCAAUCAGGCCUCACCUGGCCCCGCCGUACUCCUCACCCUGCCCCCUUCCAGGCGGAGGUGAACGUUUAAUCUUCUCAUCGUUUUAUGGUGAAUCACGGAAACUCCACCCCUCUUUGAGCCAAUAUGGCCGCCACUUCUGGAAACGCCUUCCUCAGGUUUCUUCUGAGUCCGUUGAUUUCCUGCUACGCUGUGAUUGGCUGCUGGAGCACCAAAGUGAACAGACUGAUGAAAAAAACACCCUGAAGUGAAAUUUGUAUUGUUUUUAAUUUCUGCUUUCAUGAAGCAGAGAGAAGUUUUAAUUUAAUCCAUCAUGCUGAUUUCAGUUUUAUAUGUUUGUGUGUGUGUGUGUGUGUGUGUGUGUGUGUGUGUGUGUGUGUGUGUGUGUGAUCACUGUUGUGCCUCACUUCUUUGCCUGAAGCGGAUGGUUAAAUGACGGCACAGCUGAUGUCUUCUAAAUUCAUUCUUCUAAGUUUAUUCUUCAAAUUGAAAUAAAACCAGUUUGGUGACGACAUGAAAAAUAAAAUGUGAUUUCAGCCGAUCAGACGCUGAAAAAA